GGGGAGCUUCGAAACCCCGGAAGUGGCAGAAGCUGCGGCGGCUUCUCGGCACGUGAGUUCGGGGCUUCAGCCCGGAAGUCGGUGCCCUUUAAUUCUAAUUAUUCCUGCCUAUAUCUUAAUGCUAAGACAAUGAACAGGGCUGACUACUGCAGUCGACACCAAGAUAUUACCUGAAAUAUUGUUUGCAGGUAAUGUCACCUGUAAAUAAACAAUAAACGUCCAUUGAAAAUGGCAAAAGUAGUUUCUUUCCCAGCUAGGUUUAGGCUUGUGAGCCCUGCCCAUGUUUCCUAAGGAGAUUUAACGAACUGAAGGACGUCGUCCUCUUUCUGUGCUCCUCCCGAAGGAAACAUGCAGAUGGGGACAGGUAAGUUUCUACAGAGAAUUUUUUGUAUUAGUGGGACUGAGGCGGGUAGGAACUAGGUACGUGCAAACAGACUAGUUAUUGUCUCACCUUUAUACCUUUAAGCCGCUUACAUACCAUCUUCUCUUGUAUAUCGUUUACACUACAAAGUUAUGCCUUAACUAUGCUUUCUCAGCCUAUUUUUUUAAUUUAAUUUUCCUUGUUAAUUCGGUGCAGUUCUGUUACAGUAGAUUUUGACAGCUCAAUGACUAAAGGUAUUUAGCAAUGAAACGCCGGUUUACCGGAACAAAGUCGGAACACUGAACCACUGGUAUAUCACAAGUGGACUCUUUAUUUACUGUGUUUGCUAUUGUUCAAGAUAAAACUGAUUUGGGAAAGAAGCUCCUUUUGCCAUUUUUAUGGAUGCUUACUAUUUGCUUACAGAUAGUUGCCUUGGUGAUAGUAUCUUGUGCAUCUUAAUGCUGGCUUAGAAGAAGGGUCUCCUGCGUUGCCUUUGUGUGUGUUCUUGGGCUUAGGCUGCUCUAACCUGAUGUCAGGGCUGCUGGGGAAAUCUGUGGCCCUCCAGAGGUUGCUGCAUUUCAGUUGCAUUUUCAGCAUGGUCAGGGGUGUUGUAAGCGCAGGCCCUUACCCUUCUUUCAUGCCAUAUUCAUAGACAUAGCUAGGAUUUAUGUUUGGGGGAGGGGUUGGAUAAGGUUACCAGAUUUUUUUCAGUGAAUCUGGGGACACUUUUCAACUUCAGUAGGAAUGAUAGGAUUUUGUAUGGGGACUGAUUUGUAAAUCCGGGGACUGUCCCCGGGAAAUGGGGGCACCGGGUAACCUUAGGUUAGGACACCCACCUGUUAUCCUCCUCUGUCUGCUCUGUCUAUCAGAUUCAGAAGUCAAAAAAUAAACACCAGGGAGUACCUUUCCCACAGUUAAUGAGUAUAUUUUGCAAAAUUACAAAGAACACGCCUUUUCUCAUCUCAUUUUCUUUUUCAUUUUUUUCUUGGAUUUGCUGAAAUGCUUCUCAGCAUUUCCUUCUCCAAUUCCUCCUUUCCCCCAAAUGUGGUUUUUGUGUGCGCACUCAGUAAGCAUUACCCAUGAAGACGCUCCCCUGCCAUCAUACCCUUAGCCAGGUUUUUACUCUCCGCAAUGUACCGAAUGACUGUUCUAGGGUACAAGGGGAGCAUGGCUGAGCAAGAGAGAUGAGCAGAACCUUUUCUGUGAUAGGAUAAAAGAUUUCUGCCUCUUUUACUAGAUCUACCAUGUCCAGCUCUUUCAACUGCUCUUUGCUGAGUUUCUUCUCCUUCCACAUGGUGUACCAUAGUCCAUCACUCAGUCGGGUUGCCAGUUGCAUCGCUAGAAUGCGCCACAACGUCAUCCAAGUGACUUCAACAAGCAUUUCAGUUUCAAAUAUUAUGAUUAUUUCAACUUUUAGUUAAGUAUUUUUAUUUAUUUACCGUAUUUUUCGCUCUAUAACACGCACCCGACCAUAACACGCAUGUAGUUUUUAGAGGAGGAAAAUCCUUAGGCAUGCCACCCAUAGGCACACACAGACAUAACACACACAGACAUAACACGCACAGACAUUUCCCCUGACUUUUUAGGAGGAAAAAAGUGAGUGUUAUGGUGCAAAAAAUACGGUACUUGAUGGAGGGGGGCAGCUGCUUCCUCCUGCCCCCUGGCUACGCCCAUGGCCCUGUUGGUUCAGAACAGAUAAAAGAAAGCACUUCUUCACACAGCGCAUAGGUAAACUUUGGAACGUGCUUCCACAGGACGCAGUGAUGGCCACCAGCUUGGAUAGCAUCAAAAGACGAAUAGAUAAGCUCAUGGAGGCUAUUGGUGGCUACUAGCCAUGAUGACUAUGCUAAUGCUGCUGAAUGCCAGUUGCUGGAAACCACAGGAGACAAGAGUGGUCUUGUGCUUGGGUCCUGCCUGAGAGUUUUUUACAGGCAUCUGGUUGGCCACUGUGAGAACAGGAUGCUGUUGGCUUGAUCCAGCAGACUCUUCUUACGUUCUUACAUUUACUGUCCAGAGGAUGUGGUUAAUGAGCGGCCUAUAAAUACCAAUAAACAAAUAAUAGUCUUCAGCUUCCGCUCUCUUUCCUGCCACCUGCUGCUUGCUGAUACAGUGGUACCUCGGGUUACAGACGCUUCAGGUUACAGACGCUUCAGGUUACAGACUCCGCUAACCCAUAAAUAUUACCUCGGGUUAAGAACUUUGCUCCAGGAUGAGAACAGAAAUCGUGCUCCAGCGGUGCAGCGGCAGGGGGAGGCCCCAUUAGCUAAAGUGGUGCUUCAGGUUAAGAACAGUUUCAGGUUAAGAACGGACCUCUGGAACGAAUUAGGUACUUAACCUGAGGUACCACUGUAAUUGAGUCAGUUUAGUCACACACUAGCCCCUUUCUCAAGAGAUGUUUAGGCUGCAGCUCACUGCACGCUUACCUGGGCCAAAGUCCCUUUUCAGGGCAUCAAACUGUCAGCAUUUUAUACUGAUUUCCUGCAGACUGGUAUUUCACGAAGAAUCCCACUUCAGCUACGCUUGUCACCUUUAAAAAAAAUAAUGAUAAUUGAGGGGGAGACUUUUUGUCCUAAGUACAGAGCACUUACUCCCUCUCAUAGGGGUGUAGGAGAAGAAGGGCUGGUCUCUUAGCUUGAUAUGAUGCCUCACCUGAGAUCUCCUAAAGCAUGGAUGACUAAUCCGAAUCCCUGCAGAAGAUGCUCGACUACAACUGUUGAUUGCGUGUCAAGACCCCGCAGCCACCCCCUCGUUGGGAAAUAACACACACAAGGACACAGAUAUUAGGUUUAUGUUAUUGGGCAAAUUUGGCCACAACUUUAUUGAAUUACAGAAUGUGAGCCGUAUUGGCUUAGGCAUUGAUUGGACCUGGCUAUAUCUGACUCCUGCCCGAUGCGCAGGAAGUCCGGUAAGGGUAAACCACCGAAUGGAGGAGUCCUGUCGAUGCAGACCAACUCGAGCUCCCCCUGAUGUUCCCGUCGGGGUCGUGUCAUGGCCCUAGCCCCUGACACAGGCUUCGGACAAGAACAGCCCGGAUUCCUUUAACGGAAUACCCUUAAGCUUGGAGGGGCAGGUGAUGGUCACACCUCCCCUCCCCCCCCCACAAGGUCAAACAAUGCCUAACCGCAACCCUAACGAAGUUGUGACGAUUGCUACGAGGUAGGCGAAAACCAAAUGGCCAGUGCCAAUUUGCCAAGUGGAAAAAUUCCUACCAGGCCCCUCAACGGCGACCAACCAUGGUCCAUAGCAAGGCCAGUGCCUAAAACCUGCAAAAUAGGGAGGGAGGGCGGGUGAUUGAGGAAGCGAGCCAAAGAGGAAGCCCUCCGGCUUGUGCCUCUGCUUAAACAGACCCGGCCAUGCCCCCCCCGGCCAGCGGAUUGGCCAGCUGGGCUCUGACGUGGCUGGGAUCCUCCGGGCAAUGGGGGACAAAGUCCCCCGCCCCCGGUGGGGAGUGGGUGGCCACAUGGUCCACCGCAACUCCUCCCCACUGGGAAGUGGAGCAGAUCUGCUGGCCAUACUGGCUGGGGCUGAUGGCAGCUGGAACCCAACAACAUCUUGAGGGACAUAGUUUCCCCCUCCCCUAAAGUGAAAAGUACAGUUAGCUCAAUGUGGUGCUUUUUUUUUCAGCAUGGAGAUGUCAUUAUUUGGGACACUAUGUCAUGAUAGCAUUUUUUUUGGGGUGUUCCUUUAUGGAGGUUAAUCGUACUUUCGAAAUGUCGGUUGAUGAUACUUGCCCCUUAUCUUGUUAAUACUAAUUUUUUGCUUAUGCUUGUUUCUUCUUUUCAGUUUUAUAGGUAUAUGGGGAUCCAUGCUUAUCUAUAACUAAGAAUGUGUGAUGAUUUGGCAGGUGGGUGAUUUAUCUGUUACCUUGAAGAGAACAUUGCUAGGAUGUGUCUUGAUUUUUGCGGGACUAAUUUGAAACAGUUUGCAUCCCAACUUUAUGUGGGUUUAUUCAGAAAAAAAAAAUGAAUAGAAUUUAAUUAAGUACACUCCACUGAAUUUCAUUCAGGUUGAAACCCUAUUUUUGUUGUAUGUGAUUUUUAACAGGCAGAUGGCAUGUUGGAGAUAAAUGCCUUGCUCCUUUUCCUGAAAAUGAGAAGCUUUGUGAAGCCACAAUAACAUCCUUGGAAACAGAUGAAAAUGGGAAUUCUUUUGCAGUUGUAUCUUUUAGGGGCUCUCAAGGAAAGAAAAUACUGGUAGCAAAACUCUGUAGCAUCAAAACCAGUAAAUAUGCCCAGAAGAACUUAAUAUUUGAUGACGAAGAUUUGGAGAAGCCUCAUUUCCCUGGCAGAAGAUUUCCCUCCUCUGCAGUUGACUAUGAGCUGUCUAAGGAUGGAGAUCGGAUCCCAUACACAAUUAAUAGAUACCUACGUGAUUAUCAAAGAAAAGGGGCCCUGUUUUUAUAUGGACACGCUGUUUGUGGUAACGGGUGCAUUCUUGGAGAUGACAUGGGCCUUGGGAAAACUGUACAGGUAUCUUACCUCCUUUCUGCUAUUCUAAGGACAAAAAUGUGUUGAUGUCUGGAGCAGAGUAAAGAAUUGGCUGAAUUUUGCGAGGGUCUCUCGUGUUCAUGAUGAUUUGUGCUCGUGAUGAUAUUGGGCACUCACAAAUUCUGUUGAGUUGCCAGUCAUUUGAAUGAUUGUUGUUUCCUGCUUUUAAUGGUUCUAAGUUUUCGCUAGGGGCUGCUAUCUCUGUUUGCUCCGCUCAUCAAGCCCACUUACCCCUUUGUCAACUCCCCCUCCUUCAUACCUGGCCAACCCUUUACACCUGACCCUUAGCAUCUCAGCUGUGUUUUUGCCUAUCCACCCCCCUUUGGUGAAAUUCAACAUUGUGUUUAGUCUGCGCCAAGUAUUGCAGCUUGUCAGGUGGAACGAUCACCCUUUCCUCUCCAGAGGGGGAGGACAGGGGCGAAAAACCCAUUGCGUGAACUUGUGAGGACAACUAAAUUUCUCCUGCCCCUUAAUUUGUUCUGCUUCUUAGUAUUGUGUUUGUCUGUAGCUGCUUUGAUAAUAUUUAUACCUGUGGGUUAAACCACAGAGCCUAGGACUUGCCGAUCAGAAGGUCGGCAGUUUGAAUCCCCGCAACGGGGUGAGCUCCCGUUGCUCGGUCCCUGCUCCUGCCAACCUAGCAGUUUGAAAGCAGGUCAAAGUGCAAGUAGAUAAGUAGGUACCACUCCAGCGGGAAGGUAAAUGGCGUUUCCGUGCGCUGCUCUGGUUCGCCAGAAGCGGCUUAGUCAUGCUGGCCACAUGACCCGGAAGCUGUACACCGGCUCCCUUGGCCAAUAAAGUGAGAUGAGCACUGCAACCCCAGAGUCGGUCACGACUGGACCUGGUCCCUUUACCUUUACCUUUAUACCUGGGUUUUAUAAUUAAAUAAUUAACGAAAUGAAACUUUGUAAGCCACAGCCACGUUUCUCUCCCCCCCCCCCGUUUUUCUCUCCUCAGUUGUGAGGCCUUUAGAUGUUUCAGGUGUUUAAGAAAGACCUCUAGAAAGAAUUAAGCUAAUGAUAUUAAUGAGAAAGUUGGGAGUCCAUUCUUCUGUCCUGACCAUGAUAUUUGAUAAACCUGGAAGGCAAACAGAUGGUGAGACUGGAGUGAGGUCUUUAAUUUUCCAGAAUUGUCACAAAGUGGGAAAUAACUUAAGACAGUGAUCAUGAGUAUACAGUCUCUAUGCUUCCUUUUAAAAACAAGGCUGAUUUCCUCUUGCUUUUUUUAUAUUGCCUGUUGGGGAAUUUUAUUACACUCUUUCCCAGACACUGGUAUAUACCACUGAUUGCAAAAUGACAGUAUGUGAGGAAAGAUAGACUGUAAAAAUGCUUUCUUGUCAGCGUGGGGAAGGAAGCCUGCAACAUUAUUUUCUCAGAAUGGCAAUUCAUUCUUUCACUCCAAGGAUGAAAUAGCACUCUGCUGUGUGAGACAUCUAGGGAUUAAACUCCAGACUGGUUUUAUUCUACAGCUUCUUUCCAUAAUUUACCACUUUCUCUUUUUUAAAAAAAGUUUCCAUGCAUGGCUUGCCACCUAUUUUGUGUGUCAUUAUACUUGAUAAUAGCAGUGGUUCAUGAUGAGAACCAGGAAUCCAAUUAGAAACAUCUUUUUCACAACAGUUUGAAUUUCAUUGUAAGCUGGAAGUGGAUAUGUGGAUGAAUAUUUUCUUUUCUUUUUAAAAGUAUUUUUCAUGGAAUUUUAUCCACAUUACCCAAAUAAAAUAAAACUUCAUGGGACAAAUGCAUAAAAACCAAGCUGAAUCCAAACCAAGGCUGGCAUGGGAUGUUACAUUUACAAGAAGAAAUGAUAAAGCUGGUUAAUGGAGGGAUAUUUUAAACUUGCCUGGUUUUUUUUCAUCCUGGUCACCUAGCUGAACAGUAAAAUUCUGAUUUAAGCAGGACAUUAGCUUGUGAAUGUGAUUAAAGUAAUCUAUUGACUUUUAAUGCUACAACAAGCUAAGGGCAUCAUUGCAUGUAACUAAAUUAGUGAAAUCAAAGCAAGUGCUGCAAAUUGUCUUAUACGGGUCAUUUUCUGUGCCUACAUGGUUCUCUUUAUAGCAAGGGUGGGGAAUCUGUGAUGCUUGAUCUAUUUUUGGGUUCCAGCUCCUAUCCACCCCAGCCAGUGUGGCCAAGGGUCAAGGAUGAUAGGUGUUGCAAACCACCAUCUGGAGGGUUGCUGUUUGCUACCCUUUAUUUAUAUGCUGCCCAUUCCAUCUUGGGACUUGCAUUAGAACUGGACUUCUGGUGGCUCCAGAUGCCCUGGCUCUGAUUCUGCCCAGGAAGAAUGAGUCUUGUGUAUCAAUACAAGAAGUGAGAUUCUCCUGGCAGAAGAGGUUGGACUCCCUGUUCCACUUGCCAGCACAAAUUACUUGCAUUUGUUGCCAGGAGGACUCACCUUUCUGCAACCUGCACAUUUUAAGAAGGGCUAGUUAGCACAUGUUUCCUCAUCUUGAGAGCUUGGAGACUCUGUGACAGAUGAAGAGUGUUUUGGGUCCCUUCCCUUGCUUAGCUGUGGGAUGCUGUACAGUGGUACGUCGGGUUAGCUAAUGGGGCCUCCUGCUACCACCGCACCGCCGGAGCACGAUUUCUGUUCUUAUCCUGAAGCAAAGUUCUUAACCUGAAGCACUAUUUCUGGGUUAGUGGAGUCUGUAACCUGAAGCGUAUGUAACCUGAAGCGUAUAUAACCUGAGGUACCACUGUAUUUAGUUGCAGCAGUGGGGCUGGCUGAGGUUCUGUUGAGAUUCCUUGUCUUUGGAGUCCUGAGGCAGUGUAUCUAUAUGAGUUCUGAGAAAACAAGUCUUAGCAAACUGUCUUUCCCAUUUGUUGUGAAUUUUAACUGCUUGUUUGUGGAAAAGGCCGUUUCACCAGUUGAACCAUCAUCACAUUCCUACUUGUUCCCACAGUUCUUUCGCUAUGCGAACAGAGCUAUGUAGUCUUCCGCUGUGCAUCAGAGAUUUGUUUGGAGUGCAAUUUGGUUAUUAUUUUCUCUUAAACACUUCAACUUGCGUUUCUUUCUAGGUUAUUUCCUUUCUGGCUGCAGUGCUGCACAAAAAGGGGACACGUGCAGAUAUUGAAAAUAACAUGCCUGAAUUUUUGCGAAGAACUAUGAAAAAAGACAUGCCAUCUGUUCCAAAGAAAGUAAGCUUAGGGGCAUCUUGAAGAUACAACAGUACAAACCGUUUUUAAAUGGAGAUAUGCUUUAUGUAUGUGAGGUUCUAUGGACCACAAUUACACAGCGUGACCCCCGCAAUAUAUUAUAGAAUAUGGUGGUGGUUGUUGGUGGCAUGGAGAACUCUGAUCCAUAGGCUUCUUCAUCUCCUAUGAUAAUUGAAGGACCAUUUGCUGACCCUUCCAGUAGCUUGGAGAAUAAUUGCGCUUGCCUGGAAAACAUUUUUUGUGACCCCAAUAGAGCCUAAGCAGUCUCAACAGGCUUCAGAUAAUUUAAGUGGGCUCUUGGUUCCUAACAAACAGCUGAAGGGGGAUAUGUUUCACUUCCCCAUUAAUAUACAGGGGGAUUCUUCCACCUUCUUGCCUCUGUACUUCUCACCCCUAGUUGGGCUGGCCUUCAUCACGACACUUCUAGGUUCUGCUUCCUGGCCUACCUUUUGUUCCUACCUCUUUCUUAGUCAGCUGUGUUAAAAUCCCUAGGUGCCUGGAUAACAGGGCGCAGACAGAUCUUCCUUCCCUGCUUUGAGAGGGUGACUUUCCAAGGUUGAUAUAAAUUAAAAGCAGUUUUGAGGAUUCCACCUCCCUCACCACAAAGAGUCCUCUCUCAAACUUUGCUUGUCACCAAAUUUUGGCUAGGAGCCAACUGACACUCUUUGACUGUCGAUUCCCUUGCCAUCUGUUCUUCCCCUCGUCUUGGGGAUUUUCCAGGUUUGCUGCAAGUAGGCAUGCUUAAAACUUGCAUAUUCCUGAGCAAAAAUGGGGAGAGGGGUGUUCCGUCAACGGGCACACCUCCGUAUGGGCUGCUUUAGGCCUCAAGGGAUUCAAGUUACAUAAGCUUGCCAUAGAAACAAGAUGGUGGCUACAUUGAAAGAAACUCUUCUGGCUGGGUCUUAAUGAGCUUGAAGGACCUUUUUUUUCUGGGUUUCUCUCACUGUACUGUGCCCAGGCAGCUGAAAAGUAUAGGAUAGCAUAGGAAUAUUAACAGUGUGGGGGUUUUGUACUCAUACGCAGCUUGUAUGUAUUCAGCACCUUGUAUCUGGUUCAGAAACCACAUCACAUUCUUCUUUCCAGCCUUUCCUGAUUGUGGCACCCCUUUCUGUCCUGUAUAAUUGGAAAGAUGAACUGGAUACCUGGGGCUAUUUCAAGGUGAUAGUUCUGCAUGGCAAUAGAAAGGACUACGAAAUGAGUCGAAUCAAGCAGGGGAAAUGUGAAGUCGCACUAACAACAUAUGAAACCCUUCGCCUUUGUUUGGAUGACCUUAACAGGUAACACAAUUCUAAAAAUUACCUCUACUGCAGACAAUGAGUGUCGGGUUGUUGCUGUUGUUGUUGUUGUUGUUGUUGUUGUUGUUGUUUUAUAUCCUACAGGUACUCUUGCAAACCCAGGACACCAAAUGCCUGAAACCUUUGGGAGAAAUACGAGAAAAUGCAUUGAGCAUAUAUAUUGUGGCUGUAAUCCUAUGCACACAAGUUGUCAGUGAUUCCAUUGCAAACAUGCAUAGGAGAAUGAAAAUGUCUUCAACUGCAUUGCAGAAAUAUAUGCGCAAAGGGGAAAUGGUCAAAUUUUUGCUUGGAGUGGAGAAAUACUUCUCUAGUGUUUUUUAAUUGCAAUGAGUGACAUUUGAUGAAGUCUGGGGCAGGGAACAUUUUGGCAACCACCAGUCAGCGGGAGGGUGUAGAGGAAAGGGCUGUAGCCAAAAACACCACUCUCACUCUAGGCAAGCUUCAGUAAUGCAAUAGAACCGUGAUAUUUCUGAAAUGUGAAACAUUUAGCACUUUUAUUAAAUGCUAGCCCUAUUUCUUCAUGUUAUUUUGAAAACUUUAUUAGACUGAGCACCAGCCCUAACUUCUCCCCUAAAGUAUGAAAUGGAUUCUUGCUGGAUGGCAAAUAAUGUAUUGUACUUGGUUUAAUCUCCCGACCAUCAGUUCUAAGUCAUUCCGAAUUGGUGCGAUCAAAUGUUAUCUAGCUGUACCUGUAGCUGUUAAGUUAUGGCUGUUAUGGACGUCUUUGGAUAAUUACAAAAUCCCAGCUGAAAGUUAUAUUCGGUUUCUCUCCCUGCCUCCCUUCAAAGAUAUACCCUUUCUCCCUAAUACAGAAAUCAGUUCUUUUCUCUUGCUGUUUGUAAGGAGUGUCAAGAAUUUUUCUGUAGGUACAAAUAAGCAGGAAAGUCUGGUCACAGUCAUUUGGCACAACCCAGUCAGAUGGGUGGCAAGCAAGCAAAUAAAUUAUCUAUCAUCUAUCUAUCUAUCCCCAGGGAAAGACAAGCCAGGUCUCUCUGAUCAAGCCAGGUACCAAAUGGGCCCUGCUGGCUGAGUUAAGACCAUAUUAGGUGUUUUGCAAGCUUGCAAAUACUAUACUGCACUUGGCACCAGUUCCCUGAGGCGUGGACAAUGCUGACUUAAAAUAAUAAUAAUAAUAAUAAAAAGAAAAAUAAAUUUUAUUUAUAUCCCGCCCUCCCCAGCCGAAGCCGGGCUCAGGGCGGCUAACAACAAUCAAAUAAUCCAACAUUCUAAAAACAUUUCAUUAUAAAAAUUAAUUAAAAUCAAAUUGAUGGCAAUCGUUAAGCAAAAUUCAGUGCACAUUGCCAGAGGAGGGAGUCAGGCUGCGCCCUGACCAAAGGCUUGGUGGAACAGCUCUGUCUUUCAGGCCCUGCGGAAAGAUGUCAGGUCCCGCAGGGCCCUAGUCUCUUGUGACAGAGCAUUCCACCAGAUUGGAGCCGUAGCCGAGAAAGCCAUGGCUCUAGUUGAGGCCAGCCUAACCUCUCUGUGGCCUGGGACCUUCAGGAUGUUUUUAUUUGCAGACCGUAAGUUCCUCUGUGGGACAUACCAGGAGAGGCGAUCCCGUAGGUACGAGGGUCCUAGGCCGUAUAGGGCUUUAAAGGUUAAAACCAGCACCUUAAACCUGAUCCUGUACUCCACAGGGAGCCAGUGCAGCUGGUAUAGUACCGGAUGAAUGUGAUCUCGCAGCGAAGACCCCAUAAGGAGUCUUGCCGCGGCAUUCUGCACCCGCUGGAGUUUCUGGGUCAGUCUCAAGGGCAGCCCCACGUAGAGCGAGUUACAAUAAUCCAGUCUGGAGGUGACCGUCGCGUGGAUCACAGUGGCUAGGUCAGGGCAAGAGAGAUAAGGAGCCAACUGCUUAGCUUGGCGGAGAUGAAAAAAUGCCGCCUUUGUUAUAGCUGUAACCUGCGCCUCCAUAGAGAGGGAGGUAUCGAAGAUUACACCCAAACUCUUAACGGACGGUGCUGGCACUAAUUGCACCCCCGCAAGAGAUGGGAGUUGCCCCCUCAAUCCCAUAUCGUCCCGUCCCAGCCAGAGGACCUCUGUCUUCGAAGGAUUUAACUUCAACCUGCUCCCACGUAACCAUCCAGCCGCAGCUUCCAGACAUCUGGUCAGUGUGUCUGGGGCCGAGUCAGGAUGGCCAUCCAUCAACAGAUAGAGUUGGGUGUCAUCGGCAUACUGAUGGCAACCCAGCCCAAAACUCCAGACAAGCUGGGCGAGGGGGCGCAUAAAGAUGUUGAAAAGCAUCGGGGAGAGUAUCGCACCCUGAGGCACUCCACACACCAAGGAGUGGCGUGAUGACAAUUCCCCCCCAAGCGCCACCCUCUGUCCCCGACCAGAGAGAAACGAGCGCAGCCAUUGAAGGACUGUGCCCUGGAUCCCCACGUCGGCAAGGCGGUGGUCCAGGAGUUCGUGAUCGACCAUGUCGAAGGCUGCUGACAGGUCUAGAAGAAUCAGCAGCCCCGACCCUCCUCGAUCCAACUGCCUGCGGAGAUCAUCUGUUAGGGCGACCAAAGCCGUCUCGGUCCCAUGACCAGUUCUUGUCCAGUUCUGUCAGUACUGACAUCUGUGCUGGAGGGGAUGUCAAUGGGUGCUUCUCUCUGAGAAAACCAAGCAAGCUAUGUCCACAAGCCAAGGAGGCUCAGGGAAGAGGUUGACUCCCAUGAGUGGAAUGGUCUGUAUUUUCCCCUUAUCUGUUUCUUCUUCAAGCUUGUAUGAGGGGCUGGGUUUGGGGGUCGUCAUCAUCAUCCAUAUAAUUUAUUACCACCAAAUUUCUGAGGGUGGUGGAACAGCCAAGCACGAGAGGGGGUUUGUAGGGAAAGUGAUGGGCUUUCAGGUAUUUGGGGCUUGAGCCAUGACAAAGAUGUAAUAUGGAGCAUAGAUGGGAGGGAGUGCAUUGAACCUUUUUUUUUAAAAAAAAACUUUUCAGCUACAUUUUUUAAAAAACUUGCUGUAUUUUUAACCCCCCUUUUUUUGUUUUGAUACUCUGUACUCUCAUUGUCCCAGAACCAUGGAAAGUUCAGUCUUGAGUGUCAUUGUUUUGCAUAAUAUGGGAAACCUCAUUGGCAAUAGCUUAUGAAAUAAUAUAUUUGGAGGAUUUAGGGAGACUCUCAUAAUUUCUGGUUGUUUUCCCAGCUUAGAGUGGUCGGCUGUCAUUGUAGAUGAAGUGCAUAGAAUCAAGAAUCCGAAAUCGCAAAUAACCCAGACCAUGAAGGCUCUAAAGUGCAAGGUUCGAUUGGGACUUACUGGGACGAUUCUGCAGAACAACAUGAAGGAACUUUGGUGUGUCAUGGACUGGUAAGCACAAUAAAAGUGAACCUUGCAAGUAUAGGUUGAAUGCUCAUUCACUGUUGAUGCCAUUUUAUUAUUUAUCUACAUGCACAGAUAGUGUUUUUUGCACAGUGUUUUAGUUAUGGCACGACCAGUAUUAUAAAUGCUCUAAUAUUACGUUUCAGUCCAUGUGGUGACAUGGAUAUCACUCUUAGGGGUACAUUCUCGGGUAUCUAGAAAAUGAACAUAUUUUAAAAUAUGCAUGGGAAUUUAGUUAGCCAGCAGCUGGAACACAACAGCAGACAGAGAAUCUGGAUCUUUGGUUGUAGAAUCCUGCUGGAUAUGUGAGUGCUGGAGUGACACACAAGAAAUCACAGCAGAUGGAAGAAAGAGGUCACAACAAGAAUGAAAAUAUGUCUGCUGAUUUUUUCCUGUCUCUUAGGGCUGUACCGGGACUUUUGGGUAAUGAAGCGCGCUUCAAGAAGGAAUUUUCUGAUCCAGUAGAACAUGGUCAGAGGCACACUGCAACCAAAAGAGAACUAGCAACAGGUCGAAAAGCAAUGCAGAGGCUAGCUCAGAAAAUAUCUCGCUACUUCUUAAGGCGUACAAAAGCUCUUAUAAACGAUCAGUUGCCCAAGAAGGAGGACAGAGUAAGAGUGAUCAGCUACAAUAAAUUUGUCUAUAGCUUUUCAAUGUGGAUUUAAUAAAAUUUGGCACUGUGGUGUAAACCACUGAGCCUUGGGCUUGCCGAUCGGAAGGUCGGUGGUUCAAAUCCCCAUGACGGGGUGAGCUCCCAUUGCUCGGUCCCAGCUCCUGCCAACUUAGCAGUUCGAAAGCACGUCAAAGUGCAAGUAGAUAAAUAGGUACCACUCUGGUGGGAAGGUAAACAGUGUUUCAGUGUGCUGCUCUGGUUUUGCCAGAAGCGGCUUGGUCAUGCUGGCUGCAUGACCUGGAAAAAACUGCCUGUGGACAAAUGUUGGCUCCCUCAGCCAGUAAAGCAAGAUGAGCGCCACAACCCCAGAGUCAUUCACGACUGGACUUAACUAUCAGGGGCCCUUUACCUUUACCUUACCUUGUAGACAUCUGGGGUGAGUGGGAGAUCCACUCACAUGCGCAACUGUGUUUGUGCACUGGACUGGGGCUGUGAGGUGCAUUUAUGGGAAAUCCAUUUGCUGUUAGCAGUGCUCUGCAAAUACGUAGGCAUGAAUGGGUCUAGAGAAGGACUGAAUCGUCUCCUUGAUUGCUAAAAUGUUUUUUUUCUAGUAAUUUUAGUAUUGUGAGCCAGUGUAAGGAAAGGAUUAAAUACUGCUGUUAAGCAAUAUUGUUUUUGUCAUUUGCAAUUUUUCUCAAUAUGGGACUUUCUGCAGACAAAUGAUUUUUCACAUCUAGCCUUUCAUAUUUUGUCCAGAAUUUGUAAUUACAAGCCCAAAUAACUCCCAUAGCUCAGUCUGCAAGCUUAAUGUCUUCAGUUCCCACGCAAAAAUUUGUUAAUGGACCGGAGUUCAUUUAAAAGACUAGCGAGAUGCUUUUUGCUCUCAUACUUCCUUUUCUUCUGAUAAAUGCAUGUAAAAACCUAAUUGAAUUGUUAAAUGGAAAAAGACUGCCUGGGCUUGGCAUCACCAUCAUGAAAGAGUACAUGCAUUUCACUUGUCUUGCCUUGUACGUUGAGCACAAGAGUACAUUUUAGAGGAUACACAAUCACACAUACUUUUAAUAAAGAUGCACAUUUGUCUACUGCUUUUCCUUCCUUAUUUAUACCUACCUUUUAGCCAAAGCCUGUAAUAAUACAGUCUAAACUGGGCUUUCUAAAGAGAAGAUUAACAGCAAUGCCACUCGGUUGCCUUUAAUCUUGCAGCUUUCAUUUCAUUUCAUUCUCUUGAUAAUGUGAGUAUAUGUUCAAGAUACUUUUGGAUUAUUAUAGCACAGCAUGGUGCUGCUGCUUUGUGGGUGGCCUAAAUUCAGGAGUGAUCCUGGGAUUUCUGCAUCCUGCUGGUUGAGACCAAAAGAUGUCAUGGAGAUGCCACCCAUGGUCUUUGAGAGGAAGGAUAAAGUUUGUCAUCCCACUGUACAGAGCCCCUCCCUCCUACAUCAGCAAUUCAGAAUGUCAAUGGAUAUCUAAAGAGCUGGCUGUUUCCCUUUAUCCCCUUUGUCUGCGUUAGUGUUCUGCAAUAGUAUGUGCCAGGAAAUGGCAAAAUAGAUCUUUUAAGAGGUUCGAAAUCUCUGUAGCCUUACAUUGAUGCAUUUUGAGUCCUUUCCUCUCCUGCACAUACUGGUUGCAGAUUGAGAAGGAUUGCCACAAUUUAACUUUCAUAUUUGUGACAGAUUGUGUCAUUUAAAUCUAAGAUAUUAGCCAACGACACCCCCCCCUUUUAUAUGGUGUUAAAGUUUGCAACAUUGCAACAACAAUGAAACAUCGCAUUGAUGUUUGAUCGUGCCUGUCAUGAUCAUUAUCUACUUGCAAUUGUUCAUAAUAGCUUAACAUUUUUAUUUGUGGUGUUUUCUUCCCCCCGUUUUGCAUUUUAUCCUGCCAGAUGGUUUAUUGUUCUCUGACAGAGUUCCAGAGAGCUGUGUAUAAGACUGUGCUAGAGACAGAGGAUGUGCAGUUGGUGCUGCAAGCAGGGGAGCCGUGCAGCUGCAACAGCGGUCGCAAAAGGAAAUAUUGCUGCUACAAAGUAAGAUGUUUGGACAUGCUUGAUUGUAUUGCCAAGUUCCCUUCUGCAAUGUGCAUCUGGUGCACUCUGCUUCCGUGCUGACUUUUCACUCAUGGAUCUGAAAGUGAGGCACAGACGAUGGAUACAACGUGGCAUAAAACUCGCUUACUCAUCCCUCUGGCAGUCUAGGUUUUUGGAUUCCCAGUACAGUGGUACCUCUGGUUGUGAACGGGAUCCGUUCCGGAGCCCCGUUCACAACCCGAGCAGAAUGCAACACGUGUCUGCGCGUGCAUGGGUCGUGAUCUGCUGCUUUUGCGCAUGCACGUGACGUCAUUUUGAGCAUCUGCGCAUGCGUGAGCAGUGAAACCCAGAAGUAACCCAUUCUGUUACUUCCAGGUCGCCGCGGAACGCAACCUGAAAAUGCUCAACCUGAAGCAUAUUUAACCCGAGGUAUGACUGUACAGUGGUACCUCGGGUUAAGUACUUAAUUCGUUCUGGAGGUCCGUUCUUAACCUGAAACUGUUCUUAACCUGAAGCACCACUUUAGCUAAUGGGGCCUCCCGCUACUGCUGUGCCGCCGCUGCACGAUUUCUGUUCUCAUCAUGAAGCAAAGUUCUUAACCUGAAGCACUAUUUCUGGGUUAGCGGAGUCUGUAACCUGAAGCGUCUGUAACCUGAAGCGUCUGUAACCCGAGGUACCACUGUACUUUCUUUUACCACUCGCUUUUCUUCUUUCUGUUUGGAUUUCAUAAGCAUUGAGGUUGAGUUACUCAAAAAGUCAUCAUUAAAUAGCCAAAACAUUUUGUUGUUGUUAGACUUGUUAGUCUUAUGCAGGGGUGGAGGAAGGGGAGUGCGGUGGGUGCAAUCCUCACUGGGUGUCACCACUGGGGUGUGUGUGACAAAAUGCCGGGCGGCACUCAACGCGGUGCCUGCAGCGUGCCCGAGCCACGCAUCUCUCACGCCGUGGCUUCGGCGUGUGCAGUCUCCACACUGCCCAAAUGGUCUGCCCACUGCCUCCCCCCCAGCUGUAGGGCAGCUGAGUAGGAGGAGACAGGCAGAUUCCUUGGAGGCCCCGUGGUUUGCCCCACCCCUAUGGGCAGCUCGCCCCACCCCUGGGCGCGCCACCCCAGGCACCCAUGGGGCGGCUUCCUCCACCGCUGGUCUUAGGUUUGGCAUUUAAAGUAUUCAGAAACACCCUUUCAGACUUAAGUUUUGAUACCACAUAAAGUUUUACAGGUUUACAUUGGAGCCUUGCUUCUUCAGAUGCGAGUGUGGAUUGGCUGGCUACAAGUGAAUGUCACCAUUAUUAGUUACACAUAUAAGGCAUAAAUGGAACGGUGUGGGAAGCAGCAAGGUGGGGCGUGAGGUAGAGGAACUAGGGGUCAUAAUGUUCAAAAGCAGUUGCAUGUGCUUAGGCUCAAAUCAGACAUAAUGCCAAAUUAUGGUUUGCCAGCUGAGAAUAAGUUUUGUGGCCUCAGGAGCUCUUUCCACUGCUUCUCAACUUCCUGGCUUUCUUAGUCCAUAGCUUGCAGACAUCCACUUUGACAGAAUGUGGUUGGUGCCUCGACCCAUGGCUUGAAGUGGGUUUGGAAACCAUCGCUUCAAAUUCUGGUUUAGAAGGGAGGUACUAAUCAUCGGUACAUGUUAAAAAGCAUGUUAAAAAGUACAUGUUAAAAAGCAGAGACAUCACCUUGCCAGCAAAGGUCCGUAUAGUUAAAGCUAUGGUUUUCCCAGUAGUGAUGUACGGAAGUGAGAGCUGGACCAUAAAGAAGGCUGAUUGCCAAAGAAUUGAUGCUUUUGAAUGAUGGUGCUGGAGGAGACUCUUGAGAGUCCCAUGGACUGCCAGAAGAUCAAACCGAUCCAUUCUGAAGGAAAUCAGCCCUGAGUGCUCACUGGAAGGACAGAGCCUGAAGCUGAGGCUCCAAUACUUUGGCCACCUCAUGAGAAGAGAAGACUCCUGGAAAAGACCCUGAUGUUGGGAAAGAUGGAGGGCACAAGGAGAAGGGGACGACAGAGGACAAGAUGGUUGGACAGUGUUCUCGAAGCUACCAGCAUGAGUCUGACCAAACUGCGGGAGGCAGUGGAAGACAGGGGUGCCUGGCGUGCUCUGGUCCAUGGGGUCACGAAGUUUCGGACACGACUAAACGACUAAACAACAACAACAACAAUAAUUGGUUGCCCAUUUAGGUGUCAUGGCAAAUCUGCUGAUAAAAAUGAGGGAGGGUGUCUGCUGAGCAGGCUUCCAGUUGAGCAGGCUUCCAGUUGCCGAACCGAGACUUGGUGUUUCAGCCACAUUGAGCCUUUGUUUCACGUAGGGUUAAGAGACUAAGCCGUGUAGGUUUUGAAGAUUACUCCCACUGCCUGUGGUCUUUUUGCACUAAUACAAACAUUUCCUUUACAUGAUUCUCUUUGUGCUAUUAUAAACCUUUGUGGUGGAUGGUUUCUUUGCAUUUGUGCUCUCAUGACUGGCUUCAGCCAAAACAGCUGACUUAAAAAUAAAAUAAAAUAAAGCCCCACAAAUAGACAAGGGUUGAAGAAUAACAUUGUAAAACAUUGUUAUGUAUACUGUACUUUUUCAGCAGCCUUGGUAAAAUAGUAGUAAAUAAUUGUAGAAAAUAAUUGAUGAAAACACUUCUGGAAAAGAAUACCUAGUGAGAUCCUUUUUCCUUGAAUAUUAAUUUGUUCACUGAGUGACUUUUUUAUGGUGCAAAAUCACGUUGGACUGAUCUGCUGGCUGAUAUUUGUUCAUAUAUCUGUACCCUUAAAAUAUUCCAGUUGAUCUGAAGUUAUCCAUAAAGCAGGCUAGUCGGUUACUUUUUAAAAUAUGGCAAAAUAGAGAAGGUGGGGAGGAUAGUGAAUGUUUUGUGACAUGUUCUUAGAAGUUAUAUUGCUAAAUCAUGGUAUAUGAAAGAAUAGCUUUACUAUUGCUAUUCUCGUGAGAUUCAUAAAACGCACGGUCUUAAUUUUUUGUCAUGUUUACCUCAGUGGAACUACCACAGAGUAAAUGGUCAGUGAAUCAUCACCUAAAAAUCAGUCAGGCAUGGCCGGGAAAGUAGUUAUUUGAUAUAGGUGCUGAUGUCAUUGCUGGCACACUAAGAAGCUGUUGGGUUAUACUUUCUGAGUUGUUUUAGGUUAAAUAUGUUUUAGAUGUAUGAGAAACAACACCCUGAAUCCUAAGCAUACGUAGUUUGGCAUUAAUUCCCUGGGGAGUAAGUCUAUGUACGCAGGUGGCGCUGUGGUCUAAACCACAGAGCCUAGGAAUUGCCGAUCAGAAGGUCGGCGGUUCGAAUCCCCGCGAUGGGGUGAGCUCCCGUUGCUCGGUCCUAGCUCCUGCCAACCUAGCAGUUCAAAAGCACGUCAAAGUGCAAGUAGAUACAUAGGUACCGCUCCAGCGGGAAGGUAAACGGUGUUUCCGUGCACUUCUCUGGUUCGCCAGAAGCGGCUUAGUCAUGCUGGCCACAUGACCCGGAAGCUGUCUGCAGACAAACGCCGGCUCCCUCGGCCUAUAGAGUGAGAUGAGCGCUCAAUCCUAGAGUCGUCCACGACUGGACCUAACGGUCAGGAGUACUUUCCCUUACCUUUAAAUCUAUAUAAGAUCAUAGCCUAACUUUCCUCUAAAGAAAGCAAUGAGUGUUAACAAUUGUGAUAAAUAGGAUACAAUCCCUCAGGAAAGACUCCAGCAUGGAAACGAAACACUGGGGGUGAGGGAACCUUCUCCAGGCCUGUGGCAGCCAUGAACCCUAAAUUGGUCUUAUUUCCAAUUUAGGGGAAAUUGAGGUUAAAAGGUAAAUUCUGCUUGAAGUUGCACCUGCAGCUUUAUUUCCUUGCAUCUUUAUUUGGUAUCCAGUUCUGCUGAAAUUGGAUGACACCAAUAAGCAGCAGCGUUAGAAUUCCAGGAUUAUAGUCUGAGAGUCAGAGAGAUUUGUGCCACCCUGUGUAUCACCCUCUUCCAAGCACUGACAGAGCUACUCAGUUAUGGUUGGCAACAGGAAUGGCCAACAAGUUGUGGUCAUUCCGCUCCUUUGCAAUUAAUAGGCACACAUGCCAUAUUACUGUGUCUGGCUAUAAAGCCAAACCAGGCGAUCAGAAACGUAAAGUGCUUAACAUUGUUGUUGUUUAGUCGUUUAGUCGUGUCUGACUCUUUGUGACCCCAUGGACCAGAGCACGCCAGGCACUUCUGUCUUCCACUGCCUCCCACAGUUUGGUCAAACUCAUGCUGGUAGCUUCGAGAACACUGUCCAACCAUCUCGUCCUCUGUCGUCCCCUUCUCCUUGUGCCCUCCAUCUUUCCCAGCAUCAGGGUCUUUUCCAGGGAGUCUUCUCUUCUCAUGAGGUGGCCAAAGUAUUGGAGCCUCAGCUUCAGGCUCUGUCCUUCCAGUGAGCACUCAGGGCUGAUUUCCUUCAGAAUGGAUCGGUUUGAUCUUCUGGCAGUCCAUGGGACUCUCAAGAGUCUCCUCCGGCACCAUAGGGGUCUUAGAUUUUUUUUAAAAGGACACCAACCAACCAUCCAGUUUUUGCAACAGGCAAGACCAUUUGUAUAGAGGUGGGAGGAGGGAGAUCUGUGCUAUAAGUUUGUAAUGUCCGAGAGAAAUUAUUACUGAGCAGUAAAAUGGGAGGCUCUGCACUGUCUGCAUUCUUUUCAAUGUCAUGCAUUCAAAAAUUCCUGUCAGUUGCAUUCAAAGUAUAUGCACAAGGUGGUUGAGAGUGGCCUGUACCACUUCCAAGUGCAGGUGGGAACAGUGCCAUUUUUGAAAAUUCUGCCAAAGCUUCCUGCCAGUGAGCUGCCUUGAGCUUCUCUUCCCCUUUCUAAGAUGGUUAAUUUUUUUAUAUAUUUCUGCAGACAAAUGCUCAUGGCGAAACAAUGAGGGCAUUAUAUUUCAGUUACCUGACGGUCCUUCGUAAGAUUGCUAACCAUGCUGCACUGUUACAAACGAACCACACGAGCAAACAACAGGUCAGUCUCCUUGAACCCACAAUAUUUUGAGGAAGAACUUAAUGGCUAAAUUACAUUGCUUUUCCCAUUUUGAUGCUCUGUUAAUUGUUCAUACUGUUGAAAAUUGUUUCAGUCAUAUUCAGCUCCUAUUCAGAAAACACAGUACUACCGUAUUUUUCGUCCCAUAGGACGCUCUGUCCCAUAGGACGCACCUAGUUUUUUUGGGGGGGAAAUAAAGGAAAUUCCCCCCCCUUUAUUUUCCCCCCAAAACCAGGUCGGGGAAACCAAACCAGGUUGGGGAACAGCGGUAUGGCGGCGCUGCGCCUCCCCGCUGUCCCCCGAGCUUGUGGGGCUGGCCGAUGUCUGCCCGGCGCGUGGGGCGCUCUGCUUCAGGGUGCCUGCGCGCCAGACGGCAGGCUGCUAUCCGCAGCCUAGGGAGCCCUGCGGGAACUCCCGCGGGCUCCCCAGGCUUGCUGAUAGCUUCCUGAAGCCUGGAGAGCGAGAGGGAUCGGUGCGCACUGACCCCUCUCGCUCUCCAAGCUUCAGCGAAAGCCUGUAUUCGCCCCAUAGGACGCACACAGAUUUCCCCUUCAUUUUUGAAGGGGGAAAAGUGUGUCCUAUAGGGCGAAAAAUACGGUAAUUCCUAUAGCUUUUAAUCUAUUUUUCAACCCUUAAAGUUAGUCGGAUCAUCUUGCUUCUGUAACUGUUGAAAAAGUGUUUUCGAUUUCUUCUUAUGCCCAGGAUGUUAAUUACAGAUUUGCCAGAUUUUAUCCUCCUUCUGCACAAUUUGUGUUUCCUUUCAGGAAGCCUACAUCACAAGGGUGUGCAGCCAAGUGUUUUCCAAAUUUCCUGAUUUUGUGAAGCUUAGCAAAGAUGCAGCCUUUGAAACCAUUUCUGAUCCAAAGUAUAGUGGGAAAAUGAAGGUAAAUAUAUGAAGAGAUUGAAGUAUACAUUAUGUGGCAAAAAAUAGUAUUAGCUUUCAUUUAGCAUGCAUGGUUUCUUUAAGAUAAAGGUCCACUGUUUACAUUUCCAUUACCGUGUAAUUCCAUGAAAUUUAAAAUUUUCUGCAUAUUUCAUUGUUAUUCCACUCAUGACAAAUAUGUUGAUGCAAAUGUAUUGCUACCAGUACAAGAAAUUGAGUUUCUGUGCAAACAAAUGUACCAUCGAUGUGCAUGUUGAAGCUCCUGUAGAUCAGGUUGUGUAUAUAUUGAAUUUGCCUAUUUCCACCCUAACUUCAUUGCAGGUAAGAUGUCUGGAAAGAAAUAGACCAGAGCACACAUGGAAAAGAAUGAACCUUCUUCUCCAUGUAAUCAGGUCCCUGGUUUUACAGUCUUCUGCAUUUUUAUAAUCUAUACUUUACUACUACAGAUGCACUUUAAAAAAUGAAAAUAGCAAGACACCAGUACAAUAAAGGCUUUAAUCAGAUAUUGUUGGCCUUGGGAGAUUGGUUCUAAUUUUAAACAGUCUGCCAAGCUGCAGCUAAGAAAAGGUUAUGAAAAUAUUGCAAAGACAGCUUUUAAAAUUAUAUUUUACUUCAAAAGCUCAACUGUUUUAAUUCUGGGGUUUUUAACAUAUAAAAAGGCAGGCAUAACCUAUAUCAAUAAACCACUACGGCUGAGAAAUUGAGCAAGAGUGAAAGAGCUGGCUGAAUAGCUAGGGCAGUAAUAAGGUGGGGUUUGGGAUUUUUUACUUUUUAUUGCAUCAACUUGUGCAGUUUCCAAAGUAUUUCAGCUCUGCCAUGCCCCUGCUUUUGUUCAUCCACAGAGUAUCAAGGAUAGCUUGAUACAGGAGGCAUCUGACACGCUAUUAUUGGGCACCACUUAGUGAGUGUUUUUUCCUGAAAUAAGACUGUUAAAGUGUCCUGCUGAUCAGGCCAGUGGCUUGUCUAGUGUGCUGCUCUCACAGUGGCCAAUCAGAUGCCUAUGGGAAGCCCCAGAGCAGGAAUUGAGAGCAAUAUACUCUUCCCAUUGGUGAUGCCCAACAACCAGUACAGUGGUACCUUGGUUUGCAACUGUUUUGGAUUACAACCAUUUUGGAUUACAACCACGUCAAACCCAGAAGUGUGUGUCCCUUUUUUUGGAUUACAAAUCAAUUUUUUUGGAUUACAACCCCCCCCCCUUUUUUUGGAGGCCCCAUUGGCGAAAACGCACCUUGGGUUACAACCUGUUUUGGUUUACAACUGGACCUCCGGAACAGAUUAUGGUUUUAAACCAAGGUACCACUUUAUUCAGAAGUAGGCUAGGUUGAGAGGUAAUGACUGGCCUAGAGGGCUUUAUGCCUGAGCAGGCAUUUGAACCCUGGUCUCCCAGGUCUUAGUUCAACAAUCUAACCACUACACCACAUUGGUUCUCUAUUUGUGUCAUUCUGCUUAUCCUUUAGGCUUUGGGCAUUCUGGAUUCAUAUAGUUUUCCUUUUCAGUCUUAGCUAUUUGUUCCUUGCCUUUCUUCUGAUCAGCCCUGUGGAAUACUUAAAUACCUACCAUGCUGUGGAGUCCUCUUAAAUUCCAAAAUGACAUGACAUUGGUUUAUUUUCUUUAAGCAAAGUGGAUUUGUUUUCAGGAUACCCAUUUGGGAAUUAAUUAUGUGAGCAUAUUUGUUCUCCUCACUUUCUUCCCUGGUUGUUUUGUAGGUAAACUCAUUUUACCCUUUAAUUUGACCUCCUUGUUUGUACCUAAGAAAAUAAAAUUGGAGUCUGAAAUGGCAGGAGUUAAUUAUUGUUUUACCCAUUAAAAUGAUCCAGUUUUGACAAUUUCUAAUUGAAUUGAAAACCAAAGCUCUCCAAAUAUUUCCAAUUCGUGCCUCUUCAAUUCACCGUGAAAUUGGAUGAUUGGGCCUUCAGUGUGGGUUAUGAACAGUACGAUUGCUGCUUUGUAUUCAAGAUUUUAUCUGCCAUUAUAGAAUUAAUCAGAUAAGUCUCCUCCUGUCAUUUGGAAUGUUUUGCUUUCAGGAAAAUCUGUGCAAAUUAAGAGGUUAAGUAUUUAUCACUGAAUCAAUAGCAUUGUUUAAAUAUUUAUUGCCCAUUGGGAAUAGGCUACCGACAUUGGACAGAAAAAUUCCUCUUUUCCCCUUUUGUGUCUUGCUUCUGCGCGGUGCUCUGGAAUUACUGCUUGCCAGAUGUGGACAUGCUCCUUUGGAGAAUAACAGUAUCACUGUUAUACAGAAUGCUCUGGAUUAUUUGCUUCCCUACCAGAAGAGCAUUGCGUGUGGGCGGAUUAUUGGCAUUUCAAGGUCUGUGCAAAGUCUGGGAAGCCACGACCUACUGUAAACAGACCAACAGAGGACACUGGGAGCGGGGAAGGGCAUACAGCUGGCUGAUUAUUACGAGAAGCCAAGUUCCAAGAAGUUCUGAACUUGGAUGUUGUACAGCAGGCUUAAAAGGGGGUUGGCUCACUUCAGGGUGACUAUUAUACUCUGGGUUUUUAGAAAAAUGUCAUUGUGUGGUCAUGGCCUUGUAGAUUAAGGCUAUCACAUGCUGGGCAGCUACAAUGAUACAAAUAUGUGAUUUGCCAUCCUUGCAUUUUGUUUGCAUUAAGAUCACACCUCGUGCACUGUUUCAUGAAUUUUCUUUUAUAGCUGUUUUAACCAAAGCCGUGCGUUAUCUGUACAUUUUGUAAAAUGUUUAUUUUAUACAUGUUUAAAUGAGUGCGUGCACACAUCUGUAUCUCUGAUCAUUUGAUAUCUUCUUACGGCGCAAUCCAAACACAAGAUUCACUGGUGUAAACGAGGUUGGAAUAGGUGCGUCUCCAGCAGAAUUAGCUGGGUCUGGAGUCUGUCCUACACUCGAGUAGGACUCUGGCAGAGAUACAUGCCCGAGUGGCAUGUUCUCUCCCUCCUGGUCAAUUGUUCGGGAGCUUCAAAAGCUUUCUUCAGCCCGAACAUCACAGCGACCAAUGCCAACAGACACCAGCACACUUAGGGAUCCGCAGAGUCUUUGCAGUUGCGUAACAGACCUCAGCAACUCAGCAUUUUGGCUAAUCUACUUUAUUUACAUAUAAACACACACGGAGCAUUGUAACAUGGCUCCCUCUCUCUCUAGCAUCAGAAAGCAAAGAGAAAGAACACUUCAUGUAACACAGUAACACAAACAUCCUGUCUCCGUCACUUCCCACUCUGUGGAGUCAAAGCAUAAACCGUCAUGUGAUAGACAAAAAUCCCAUGACUGCAAUCACGGAGCAGGAGUUCUAACAGGCUCACCUGGGGUUAGGCUAGCUGGGGUCCCUCAUCCUGGCUCAGCUGGCGAUACACUGGUGUAAGCCUUUCAUUCUAGCACAGCCGCAGCUCGCCUGGGGCAAGUUCUACAAAUGGGGCAUUCCGGGGUAGUGGCAGGGGACAAGCCAUAACAGGGAGAGAUUUACCCCUAUUCCAAACUCUGUUCAUCUCAGUCAAAUGCAACCCAGCAUAAGUUACAUUGGCAAAUAGCAUGGUGUAAAGCAAACACAAUUUUAAAGGCUGGUUUUGCCUCUGCUAGGCUUGUUUUGGCUCAGCUGGCGGUAGGCCUACUCCUGAACAAAGUUUGGAAUAGGGGAGGUUUACACCAGGAUAAUAUAUCCCAGCAUAAAUUGCACUGACUUCCUGUCGUUUCCAUUGACCUGCUCGUGUUUUUAGUUUGUAUGAUGUCGCUUCAAAUCAGUUGACUUGUUUUUUAUUCAUCUUCUGUAUUUUUUGUUGUGUUUUUUAAACCCUCAACCUUGGAAAGUUGUGAUACAGUGGUACCUUGGGUUAAGAACUUAAUUCGUUCUGGAGGUCCGUUCUUAACCUGAAACUGUUCUUAACCUGAAGCACCACUUUAGCUAAUGGAAGCAAAGUUCUUAACCUGAGGUAUUAUUUUCUGGGUUAGCAGAGUCUGUAACCUGAAGUGCCUGUAACCCGAGGUACCACUGUAUAUGUGAAAAUAUAUUUUGCCUGAGGUUUAUUCAAUAAAUCUUUUCUAUGGUUUACUUACAGGUCCUUCAGAAACUUUUAAAUCACUUCAGAAAAAACAAAGAUAAAGUGCUCCUUUUUUCCUUCUCAACCAAGGUGAGCUUCAUCUGAUUUAUAACAAAACUGAUUAUAGCUUUCUUUGUUAUAUGGUUAAAAACCAGCGUAUUCUGUUUAAUACAACAAUAAGUACUAGUACAGUUCAAAUGAUAUAGAAUAAAAUGGUAAAAAAGUAAAGGUAAAGGACCCCUGACAGUUAAGUCCAGCCGUGGCCGACUCUGGGGUUGUGACGCUCAUCUCGCUUUACUGGCCGAGGGAGCUGACAUUUGUCCGCAGACAGUUUUCCUGGGUCAUGUGGCCAGCAUGACUAAGCCGCUUCUGGCGAAACCAGAGCAGCGCACAGAAACGCCAUUUGCCUUCCCGCUAGAGCGGUACCUAUUUAUCUACUUGCACUUUGGCGUGCUUUCGAACUGCUAGGUUGGCUAUUUUGUAUUUUGUAUUUUUAUAGAAAGUCCAUUUUGGCCUAGUAGGUAAAAACGACUGAUGUAUUUUGUAGGCUGUCAUGCAAAAUAUUGCGAAUAAUGCUGUAAUUUCUAGUUUUCUGUCUUCAAGAAGUAAAAUGGGUAAAUUCCAGACUUGGAACUUCUGGGCACUCUUCUAAGCAAUGGGAUAAUAGUCUUUGUAUGAGCUAAUAGGGGCAACAUAAGAGAACAUGGAACUGACUGUAACUAUGUGUAGUAAAACAUAAAGCAUUGAAUAUAUCUGCAUCAUCAUCCACUUAAAGUAUUAAAUAUGAUAAUAGCCCAGUCUGCAUGUCACAGUAAUUCACAGUUCAUAGUUUACCAGCUGAUUGGUCCUGCUUUGCACCUCCCUUCAAUCCAGCGGGAGCAACAAACCAUCAUCCUCAGCUCAAUGGUACAGUGGUACCUCGGGUUACAUACGCUUCAGGUUACAUAGGCUUCAGGUUACAGACUCCGCUAACCCAGAAAUAGUGCUUCAGGUUAAGAACUUUGCUUCAGGAUAAGAACAGAAAUCGGGCUCCGGCGGUGUGGCGGCAGUAGGAGGCCCCAUUAGCUAAAGUGGUGCUUCAGGUUAAGAACAGUUUCAGGUUAAAAACGGACCUCCAGAAUGAAUUAAGUACUUAACCUGAGGUACCACUGUAUAACUGAACCAGGAGCCAUGGUUUGUUUUACUCAAACAAACCAUGGUUCGUAAGCGAAGACCAAACCUUGUUCUUGUUUGGAGAAAGUCAAACCAUGACACACACACACCCCCAAACACAUUUGUGUAAGGAAAACUUGGGAGUAUUUCCUCAUACCCCAUAACAAUCACACCUAUGGCUGUUCAGUUGCAUGUGCGCAUAACAAAACAGAUGCAUGUACAAUGAUUAUAUUAUGAAGUAUUAAUGCUUUUCCUCACACAGAAGGAUUUCCUUGUCGGAAAAAUGUAAGGUGUGAGGCAGCUCUUGGAUAAACUGAGGAUGCGAUCCUGUUCACACUUCCAGAGGGUAAGUCCCAUUGAACUCAGUGGGACUUACUUCUGAGCAGAGAUGUGGGUUAUCCUGUGAAACUUUCUUGUCAGUGCCUAGGCCAAGCUGUCUUGCCUCUUCCUCUUAUGUGUGAAUUCCUGCAACUGACUAAUGGGAGUUGGGGAAAUGGCACAUGAGAUAAGGCAGGGUUGAAUUAAAAAAUGAAUGAAAACAUUAUCUGAGUUCUCCAUAUCAAAUUAAUAGUUGCUUCCACUGGAAAAGCAACACACUAUUUAAACAUACCACUGCAGUAAAUGGAAAAUGGAAAAUGUUAAGUGUUUCUGCAAGUUAAUUAAAUAUUUGUGAUUCUAUGACUUUGCAGAAAGAGCGAUGGUAGGAAAACUCUGAGCUGUUACAGACCUUCAAGACACUUGAUCUGCCGGUUUUAUUGUGGUUCUUUUUAAAUAGUACUAAUUGCCUGGUCUCCCCACCUCUUCCACCAGUUGCUUGAUGUGCUGGAGCAAUAUUGCAUGGCAUCUGGGCUAGAUUACCGAAGACUCGAUGGAAAUACAAAAGCGGAGGAAAGGGUCAAGAUAGUAAAAGAGUUCAACAGCAUGGAAGAAGUUAACAUUUGCCUCGUUUCUACAAUGUAAGAAAACGCUGUGUCUGCUUUUGUCUAGGUAGUUAAGAGAUUUAUAGCAAAUUUACUGCACUCCCACUUGAUUGAUCUUGCAUUUUGUCACUUCCUUGGGAAGAAGCAAUAACAUUGCUGUCUGCUGUUAUAAGACUGGGAAGUAGACUGCAUCAAUCAAGACUAUUAGGGUAGAAAUGAGUCAUAUCCCUUACGUAUUUCCAUAUUUCUUCGGUCUUCAUCUUCGUCUACCCUUUCUGAGGAUCGCUUGAGAUCGAAAAUGACGAGUGAUAAUAUUAAAUAAAUAAAGCCCCCCCCCUUUUUGUUCCCCUUUUGGAACCAGAAUAAUCUUGAAUGCAGUUGUUUUUGAAAGCUACCAUCCUCAGUUUCGUUUGAAAGAAAUUAGUAGUGACAUGCACAAAUAGAAACUUAGAAAUUCAAUUAAAAAUUCAGUCAUGGCCUCGGCUGUAUUUAAUGCUUAGAGUUAAUCGGUCUAUAUUUUUCACUCGCCCUUCACAAUAUCACAUCCCUGUUCACAAGAUGCCAUUUUGUUUGUCACUCACGAAGCCCCCCAAAAGAGACCAUUCUGUUUUGCUGUAUUUAAUACCAAUACAGUAUAAUAGUCUUCAAGGCCUCCCACUUAUAGGGCUAGUUUCAGACAGUAGCAUUUUUUAUGAAUUUUAUUGCAAACUGCUUUGAGAUGUUAUCCUAAUAGGUGGUAUAUACAUAUUUUAAGUAAUCAAAUAUAGUAAUAAUAUUGUGUCAGGAAAAAAUAAGCCCAAUUAAAAACCCGUAAUUUUUCUCAACUAUGUUUCUUUUGUUUUCUAUUUUUAAUUCCAAUAACUUUUCUUAAAAGAGAAGACCUAAGGUAUGGGGAGGGUAUUUUUAGUUACUUGAAGUUAUUUCCUGCCAAUUGAAAUGUAAUAGGAUUACUCACUGGAAUUUGGUGGAUUGGGUUCAAAGAGAGACUGCACACCCAUGUGAUGUUAUUGAUGUGAUGUAAAAUUCCUACAAAAUGCUUCCGAUUUCAUCUUUGAAGCCUACCCAGAAUUUGAGCUGCUUUAUUUGUAAGGAAAAUGUGUUCAAUAUGCAACUGUUGGAGAGGAAAAUGCCACAUUGACACAUAUAAUUUUACUCCCUGGAAAAUACAUGCAGGGUAACUUAUCUCUGAUCCAUGCAAAAACUCUGAGAAUUUUAAUGAAAGCAAGUCAUCACAUCUUGUCUGUGAAACUUGUCAAUAUGGUUGAGGUUUAGCCAAUUUAUUUAAAAGAGUGUCUUCUUAAUGGCUUAUUUUGGACGGUUUUCGGUCUAGUUUAUUAAGUGGUGGAAAAGAAUUGUUGCAAGGAAAGUAGAAGCAUAACGUUUUAAAAGUUUAGUAAGCUUCAUUUCCUUGGAGUUUCUCAACCCAAGUGAACAUAAAUUGUGUCCUGUCCCUUCAAACUGAAGUACAGCCCAUUAGUUUAAUUGAAUGUGGCAAGCGACUUUUCCUGUAAAUGGAACAACAUAGUUAAUGUAAACCUCUAUACCCCCUUCUUUCAUCCUGUAUAGCUUUGGGGAAGAAUGAAAGUGACCUUGAGGUAUCUUGUACAAAACAACAUAGUUGGAAAAUGUACAUUGUUUGUAGUGUAAUAAAUGUGAAUGUCACUUUCCACCGCUAGUGUUGUGAGAUUAUGGAAGAUGAUGGGACAGUAGCUCUAUUGCACAGGAACAGUGAAACUUGCAGUAAGUUUGUUCGUUAUGAUGAGAGAAAUGCUAUUUGUGGUUUCUACUGAAAGCAGUAUAGUUAGUGGCAUUAUUUAUAGCCUUUUGGAAACUUGAGAACUUUCUGCCAGUUUGUCUAGGAAAAAUGCUCGUAACAGAUAAUGCUACUUUAUAUACAAGUGGUGAUCUCAUUUAAAAAACACACACAUUUCUUCACCUCUUUGUUUCUUCUGUUGUUAUAAAGGGCUGGUGGACUGGGGCUCAAUUUUGUUGGUGCAAAUAUUGUCAUUCUGUUUGACCCAACAUGGAACCCAGCAAAUGAUCUUCAAGCCAUUGACAGGUACAGUCAACUUGCUAAAAACUGGUUACUUUGAAAUAUAGAUGUUGCUUCUCUUUUUUCCUUCUCUUUUCUUCUUCUUUUUGACCCUGGACUUUGGUUUUUUCAGAGCUUACAGGAUUGGCCAAUGCAGGGAUGUGAAAGUAUUUCGGCUAAUCUCUUUGGGGACGGUGGAGGAGAUGAUGUACUUACGGCAGGUUUAUAAACAGGUAAGGUUUUCACUGUGUUUUUGUUCACAUUGCUGAUUUUUUAUAUCAAAUCACAGCACUUGUUAACCAGUCGUUUGUGUAAAAAUUAAAGUUGACCGAAUAUAACGCAAUCUUUAUCUUUGCUUUAUGGCUUUUAAGCUAAUUUAAUAAUUCUCAUAUAUAAUUUAAACUCUUCCUAGAGAGAAUAUAACAAAAGAAUAUAUACCAGGGUGCCUGAAAUAAAUGUUCACAUUUAAUUCAUCAUUAACUAGUAAAGGGCAACAUUUAUCAUGGCAGAGGCAUAAAUAAUAAAACACCUAAACAUUUCUGACACGCCCCUUUAUUUCUUAAGAAGCACCUAGUUCUUACAAUGACUUAUCAAGUUUCACAUUCAUUUAUAUCAUUUGUGCCCAUGCUUUUUGAUUUUGAAGCAUAAGUACAUAUAUAAUUGCUUUGCGUCACAUUAAUCUUUUUUAUAUACUUUUCUUUUCUCAUUCCUCUUCUCUCUUUCCUUUGCUCCUUGCUUCACUUCCUUUGUAGUCUCUUGACUGUACAAAUUUAGAUUAUAAGUUCAUUAGGGCAUGGAACCCUCUCCCUGCCUGUAGGUGUGGAGGACUCCCUGGUCCUGAAUGGGGUAGCUGUGCCCAUGAAGGACCAGGUGCGCGGCCUGGGAAUCAUUCUGGACUCACAGCUGUCCAUGGAGGCGCAGGUCAAUUCUGUGUCCAGGGCAGCUGUUUAUCAGUUCCAUCUGGUAUGCAGGCUGAGACCCUAUCUGCCCACGGACUGUAUCGCCAGAGUGAUGCAUGGUCUAGUUAUCUUUCGCUUGGACUGCUACAAUGCGCUCUAUGUGGGGCUACCUUUGAAGGUGACCUGGAAACUACAACUAAUCCAGAAUGCGGCAGCUGGAUUGGUGACUGGGAGUGGCCGCCAAGACCACAUAACACCGGUCUUGAAAGACCUACACUGGCUCCCAGUACGUUUCCGAGCACAAUUCAAAGUGUUGGUGCUGACCUUUAAAGCCCUAAACGGCCUCGGUCCAGUAUACCUGAAGGAGCGUCUCCACCCGCAUCGUUCUGCCCGGACCCUGAGGUCCAGCGUCGAGGGCCUUCUGGCAGUUCCCUCACUGCAAGAAGCCAAGUUACAGGGAACCAGGCAGAGGGCCUUCUCAGUAGUGGCACCCGCCUUGUGGAACACCCUCCCACCAGAUGUCAAAAAGGAAAACAACUACUAGACUUUUAGAAGACAUCUGAAGGCAGCCCUGUUUAGGGAAGCUUUUAAUGUUUAAUAGAUUGUUGUAUUUUAAUAUUCUGUUGGAAGCCGCCCAGAGGGGGUGGGGAAACCCAGACAGAUGGUUGGGGUAUAAAUAAUAAAUUAAUAUUAUUAUUAUUUAUCACAUUGUAAAACGCCGUAUACACCGGUGGUGUUUUAUAAAUAAGUGCCCUGAUAAACAUUAGAAUUUUCUGACAUUGUUCACUGGUCUUCUAAAACUUAUUUUCUCACGGUUUGACUUAGUGUGUUCUCUGAACCUGGGCUCUUCAUUGAUCUCUCUCCAGAUGUAUCACAAGCGGUAACCAAGGUUUAUUCUUGGAUUUACAGCUCAUGGUUUGCCUGGAGAGCCACAUCACUAAACCAUGACCUAGCUUAUGGCAGGAGGAUCAGAGAAGGAGUGCAGCAGCUGCAAUCUCCUCUGCAAGGAACCUUAUUAUUGUGUGUUUUCAGUAAUGGGUUAUGUACAUUAAACUCCUUCAACGUUGAACUCCUUCUCUUGACACCUGGCUGUUAAAAUAUUAAAAUUAAAGUAAGAAUCGCCCAAGAACCAACAUUUAAUGGUUUUAACAAUACUGGGUUAUAUCCAACUAAGUCCUACUCAGAGCAGCAGAUCCAUUGACAUUUAUGGGCUUAAAUUCAUGAAUUUUAGUGGAUCUAUUCUGAGUACGACUUAAUUUAAACAUUCUAUGUGGAAAUGAAUUGUUCUCUACACAAGUUGCAGCUAAUAUUCCUCUUGAAAUAAUUUGAAAUAAUGAAUGUUACUAGUGCUGGUCUCACUGUUUGUUUGGGGAGGAGGAAAGUAAUAUUGCUGGUAAUGUGAUCAGUUCAGAAUAAAUAAUUGUAGAGGUCCUGAAGUUCAGGUCUUUUACAGAAAAACACUGUCAAAACAGAUCAGUUUUUAGGCCAACUACCUUUGACAAGACUUUAAACUUUCUUAAAAAUCCUGCCCGCUUUACAUUUUGUUAAUUAGCUUACAGGCAGCAUUAAUGUAUGUUUGAGAAACUUGAUUGAAAUCAUUGCCUUGUAAAUUCAUGUGAAGUUUCCCAAUAGUAUUUUCAGAUGGUGUCAUUCCAUGUAUCUGUGUAAAACCUUUAACAAUAAAUCAAUCACAAUGCCGUUUUGCAAACGAAUUAUACUUUAAAUUGCGAUAGUGCCAGGAUUUUGACCAGCAAGUGAUUACACCUUUUUGUUAGAUUAGGAAGAGAGUAUUGCAGAUAUUAAUAUCGUGCAGUUUGAAGCGACUAGAAGCAUAAGACCUGACUCCUGGUGAAAGAAAUCAUUGUCCAGACCCAUAAAAAUAUGAUUCAAACUUUUACGUGCAGAACUCUUCAAAAACAGAACAUAAGCAUCUAAAAUAUCCAUGUGCCAUCCAGCACAGGCUCAGCAUCUUAGAAAUAAAAGGUAGCUCCAAGAAUUAAAACGGUGCCUCUCUCCCCUAUUCUAGCCUGCCUAAGGCUAUGCAGCUCUUUUUGGAGAGCCACUAUCCUCUCCUUUUGUUCUAUAUCAGAGAAAGGCUAACAGCCACCAUCCUUUCAAGAUGGCGAAUUUGCAACUCAAUACUUUUGUCAUCUGAUCUCAAGUUACAACACUCACAUGUUAGCUAGCAGAAAACAACAGUUAGUUAAUUAUCAACUCAUUGAUACACAUACAUUUUCCAUUUCUGUGUCAAUUAAACUGAUUAUGCUUAACAGAGAGGUCAGGAGAUUUUUUUCUGGCAUUUGGCAAUUCAGGGGACAACAAGCCUCACAAGAUGGUACAACAUAGUAAGUAACAGGUGAAACCUGAAAAAAAGGUUGCAGAUCUGUAAAAGGAUUUCUCCAGUGUUGGGCUCUAGGCAGCCUUGAACAGGAGCUUCAUAUUGCUUUUCAGGCAUGUAGAUUUUUCAGGAAGGAUGAGCGGCAAAGGAUGCCUUUAUUUUCGUCCUAUCUCCAAUGUCUUCCCCUAUUGUGCUAUAUACUGUGCCACCAGCCUCAGAUCUGAGCAUUUUAUUGCUUUACAGCAAGGUGGUGGAAAGUGAGAGUAGUGGGAAGCCUUUUUUCACCAGUUGUGGUCCCACAUUGGAUUUUGCCUGUUGACUAUGAGGAAGGGACAAGCAGGCUGUUUCUCAAGUAAUAUGAAAGCCUUGGUGGUGCAGAUGUAGCCUGUGGAUCAUAUAUUGCUUUCCCCUAGCUCAUGUUAACUAAAUUCUCAUUUGAUUGUUGAGGAUGGUGGCAGUGGGGCUGUGGCCUACACUUGGAGAUAAUCUACUGCCUAGCUUGUUUCUUUAUUUGCAGUAUGUAGCUGGGUGUGUUGCAAAACGGUGUAUCUGCUGGAGUACAUUAGCACAGUUAUUUGGUUUCCUAUGUUAUACAGGGUACACGGGAGACUUCAGAGCACAUUUUCUUUAUUUUCCAAUAACAUUAUUCAGGUUAAUAUUACUCCACAAUGGUGGCAUCUGCCAGGGAAAAUAAAACACAAUAUUUUACUCUUUUAGGAAUUUCUGCCUGCUCUGGCUAAAUCUGCACGUAAACUGUAAAUGCCAGGAAAUUCUGACAUGUUGCAGGAACACGCUCCUGAAUUAUUAUUAUUAUUUUUUUUAUGUUCUACUCUGUUUUAGCAACUGCAUUGUGCUGUAGUGGGAAGUGAAAAUGCCAAGCGGUAUUUUGAGGCUGUGCAAGGAUCAAAGCAACACCAAGGAGAACUUUUUGGUAUUCAUAACCUUUUCAAGCUUCAGGACCAUGGAUCCUGUCUGACAAAAGAGAUUCUGGAGGUGUGGUGUUUUACCUUUGUCCUUUUGAAUAUUUCUGCGUCUUUUCUCUAUAUCUUACCAGGCUUGUGAAGAAACACAUGUUUUGAAAUGUGGGAGGAUUUUCACAACAGUAAAGUUAGUAAUAUUGCUUUUCUCACCACAUAAGAGAGAUCCAGUCUAGUUGCUAGUGUAACUUUUCCUUAACUUGGGGCUGGGGAAACUUUUUGGUCCAAGGGCAGCAUUCCCUAAUGGGCAUCCAUUUGCGGGGGCAAAUGCUAAUGGUGGCCAAUGGGGCCAGAGGCAAAAGUAGGCUGAGCAGUUGGUGUAACCCUUUGUACAGUAGGCUACCUUCCAGUUUAUUAUUUGUACCCCACCCAUCUGGCUGGGUUUCCCCAGCCACUCUGGACGGCUUCCAACAAAGAUUAAAAAUGCAUUAGAAUGUCACACAUUAAAAACUUCCCUGAACAGGGCUGCCUUCAGAUGUCUUCUAAAUGUUAGGUAGUUGUUUGUCUCUUUGACAUCUGAUGGGAGGGCAUUCCACAGGGUGGGCGCCACUACCGAUAAGGCCCUCUGCCUGGUUCCCUGUAGCUUUGCUUCGCGCAAUGAGGGAACCUCAGCGUCCAGGCAGAACGGGGGGGGGGGGGGAGACGCUCCUUCAGGUAUACUGGGCCAAGGCCAUCUUUACACCCAAGCAAGCAACCAGCAUGUUCACAGUUCAAAGAAACAUUCCAGCCAGGCAAAAGUAUUUGAGAAGGGCACAGAAUAUCCCCAGACAGAGAAAAGGUAUAACCUGGGAAGAGUUCUGAAGGCUCGAGUUUCCUCACCACCACAUUAACUUGAUAUUUUAAUAUUUAUUUGUUUGAGAAACUCCUAACCUGUUUUUCAUUGAAUAUGCUCCCAGAUCAGGGUACAUCGUAGUAAUUCAAAAUAAAAUACAGUUAAAGUCAGAAUAGUUCCAAAGAGCAAACAAGAAACAACUUAAGCAAGUCCUUCAAGGGCAGAGAUGCCCAUCUGCACCAAUCAAGCUGAAUGGUUUAAAACAAAAAAAACCCCGCCUAGUGUCGAAAACCCAUCAUAGCGCCAGUCGAAUGUGAGAGGAGGAGGCAUUCCCUGAGCAGAGCACCAUUACUGAGAAAAACCCUCUCAUUUGUUGCCACAUUGUGGAUAUUUUAAUUAUUCACAUACAUCGUAGCUUGGAAGUCAAACAGAAUCCGUUCCGGAAGUCCGUUCGACUUCCAAAAUGUUUGGAAACCAAGGCACGGCUUCCGAUUGGCUGCAGGAAGCUCCUGCAGCCAAUUGGAAGCUGUGGAAACCACGUCGGACGUUGGGGUUCCAAAGAACGUUCGCAAACCAGAACACUCACUUCUGGGUUUGCGGCGUUCAGGAGCCAAAACGUUCAAUUUGCAAGGCGUUCGACUUCCGAGGUACGACUGUGUGUAUGUGUAUGUGUAUGUGUGUGUGUGUGUGUGUGUAUAUAUAUAUAUAUAUACAAUGGUGCCCCGCAAGACGAAUGCCUCGCAAGACGAAAAACUCGCUAGACGAAAGGGUGUUGUGUUUUUUGAGUCGUUCCGCAAGACGAAUUUCCCUAUGGGCUUGCUUCGCAAGACGAAACGUCUUGCGAGUUCUUGCGAGUUUGUUUCCUUUUUCUUAAAGCCGCUAAGCCGUUAAUAGCCGCUAAGCCGCUAAUAGCCGCUAAGCCACUAAGCCGCUAAUAGCCACUAAGCCGCUAAUAGCCGUGCUUCGCAAGACGAAAAAAUCGCAAGCCGAAGAGACUCGCGGAACGGAUUAAUUUCGUCUUGCGAGGCACCACUGUAUAUAAUCCCCAACCAGGAAAAUAUCAGGAAUUAAGGCAUAGCUGUCAACUUACGGAUUUGAAAAUAAGGGACCAGCAGCCUCGAAAAUAAGGGAUCAGCAGCCAAAAUAAGGGAUCAACAAUUACUUUGAUAAAAUACAUAUUUUGUUAUGUGCAAAUGGCUUUAGAUACCUAUUAGGUCCAUAAAUUACCAUUAAGCAUAUAUUCAACACAAAAAACAGCAACAAUUUGUUGUUGACAAAGGACAGCUGGACAUAGAAAGGGCCCCAUUACCUUCAGUAUCUUAUUUAAGGGACAUCAUCAAUAAGGGACAGCAGCGGGACAUGGCGCUGGGAUAAGGGACUGUCCCGCCAAAUAAGGGACGCUUGACAGCUAUGAAUUAAGGUCUGCUAACUCUGUCCUUGAAUGCAAAUAAAGCAAUUCCCCCAGGCCUGCUGAUGCCCUGACAUAUCUCUGUGUGUGUGUCUGUGUUGCCAUUUUGGCUACACAAGGAUCAGCACUCAGAGAAUGUCUCCAUUAUUAGUAUCUAGAACAGGCAUGCACUGAUGUGCAGAAAGGUGACUGAUCAGACCAGCGAGUCUACAUGAUGUAAGCUUAACCAUUAGUAAAUUGCUUCAUUUUUUAGAGAGAGGGCCAAGUGGAAGCUGGUGUCAUGACAGCUACUACAUGGUUAAAAGAGGAACCCCAGGGAGACGCAGCAGAAACGGUAAAUUAUCAACUUGCCUUUCUGUUUUCACAUGUUAUAAAAUGUACUGCUUUAAGAUUUUGGAUCUGCUAACUGUGGUAAAGUCUUGAGCUGUCAGUUGGAGUAGACCCGGAGGAAACUGGAGGGAAAAAACCUAGGACGACAGGGUUAGAAGUGUCCGAAACUUCUCCGUACUUCAAAACAUUUCUGUGCACAUUGUAUAAAGUUACUUUUCUGGCUUAUGAACUUAGGUGGCUUUUUUCAUUUUGAAUCUGCCAAGUGAUUUUUUUGGCAGAACAGUGCAUCGUACCAAAUAAUAAAUGGAGAGGAACAAGGAAUUUAAGAACAAAUUAUUGGUAUUUUUAAAACAUACACUUGUGAAAGAAAUAAAGAAAAUGUGGCCAUUAGAGGUUGAGUUUAAUGGUGUCUCCUUGGCUGAUGGAAGCUUUUUUCCUUCCAGCAGGUGGGUGGCGCUGUGGUCUAAACCACUGAGCCUCUUGGGCUUGCCGAUCAGAAGGUUGGCGGUUCGCAUCCCCAUGACAGAGUGAGCUCUUGUUGCUCUGUCCCAGCUCCUGCUAACCUAGCAGUUCGAAAGCACACCAGUGCAAGUAGAUAAAUAGGUACCACUAUGGCGGGAAGCUAAACGGCAUUUCCGUGCGCUCUGGUUUCUGUCCCGGUGUCCCGUUUCCAUGCGCUCUGGCAUUCGUCAUGGUCCUCCAUGUGCCAGUAGCGGUUAAGUCUUGCUGGCCACAUGACCCAGAAAACUGUCUGUGAACAAAUGCCGGCUCCCUCGGCCUGAAAGCGAGAUGAGUGCCGCAACCCCAUAGUCGCAUUUGACUGGACCAGCUUCCUCCCUCCACUGGAUCAAAGAGCUUUCUAUCAGAAGAGGGGUGGGCACAAAUGGGUAUAACUCUACAUCAUUUUAGAAAGGCCUGUUUUCUGCUUUUAAAUUCUAAUGUUCUUAUAAUUGGGAACCUUGGCUUAUCUAUAAUUAGUUUUGCUAUUUGUGUAGGUGUAUUUUUUUUAACCUUUCUAAAAGAAGUCCAAUGUAGCUCACAUAGCUACUAUACCAUAAAUAUACUGUAAGCGGUAUCAUCAAAAUGUCACACAAUAAAACAGAGACUCCAUUAAACAUCCAAGCAAGUCCUGUAAAAAUAAGUAAAAUGUCUUUUUUUAUCAAGAAGUUUUUUGUUUCUGUCAUUAAAGAUUAGCUACUUCUCCAGUGUGCCCUCUUACAAAUAAUUCAAUUAAGCCUGUAUUGUAAGUGUAUUGAAAAGUAAGCCCUACGGAAUGGACUUGGACUUGCUUCCCAGUUGCCCUGUAAGCAUCAGCCUAUAAGUUGAGCUGUUUAGUUUUGAUUGCUGUCGGGUCAAAUAAUAAUGCAUCUUUAAAAGCUGCACAAAAACGAGACAUUGGAAGAUAUGGUAAGAAAAUGAGGAAGUUGCUUCUCCAUAACCAAAUAGUAGGUAACAAACCAGAGGGAAUGGUUUGUCAAUAAGCAGAUAAUAAGAGUCAAUAAGCAGGUAAUCUAGAAGCAUUUACAAACUUUAGUUGUGGUUUUUUUUAAAAAGAAAUAUAUAUAUAAUGCAGUUUUCCUACGUUUUUAAAUGUCUGAUAAUUGUAUUUUAUGAGCUGGAUCCAUGCACAUCCUUUUCAAAUAGAAGGGCUCCUUCUCUCCGAGGCAGGAAUUCUGAUCCAGCAAUCCGUAGAAAGAGGGAGGGGAGCCCCUGUUCCAGUUCCUACGUAGAUCCCACAGUGCACUAGAACAGGUUUUCAGGAGGCUCCUCCCACCCCCUAUUUUAAUAAUUAUGACUAUGGCAUGUCAUUUGAAGAUUGAAAGUAAGCACUGAUAGUUUGAAGACACGUUUUAAAUUGCAGUUUUGUUUCAUAUUUUCCUGUUUCUCGCAUGAUUUCAGCACGCAGAGGCUGGUUGUGAAGAUCAAGACACUGCCAGCCCCAGGAAACUGUCGAAAAGGGAAGAGCUUGAUUGUGGCAGUGACUUCAGUGACGAGGAGCCUGUGAGAAAUUCCAAAGUGAAAGCAGAACAAAGCCGAUCUUGCAAUGCAAAAAACAGCAAAGUUCUGCAGGGACAGCUUACUUUGCUGCAGUGUGGGUUUCCUAAACUACUAGAAAAGGGCACUGAAAUUACUGAGGAUGAUAGUUGCAUUGCUGUCUCCAGUGGUGAAAGUGCUGGCGGUAAAUCAAUGUGGCAAAUAUCUAAAGAAAGCUCCCGAAAUGAAUGCUCCCUGAAAACGGAGGACCACUGCAGUACUGCAGGACCUGAGAGAGACUUAUUGUCACCAAUCAAAGCUGCGAAACAAGAGUUGCAUAGAGAAACUACAGACUGUGAUUAUCCUGUUUCACUACACCCUGAAGAAGAAAAGGACCCUGGAAAUAAAUACAAAGACAUGCAUAUUUUAAAUCAAGUUGGGGUCGUUAUGGAGACAGAAUGCAGUUCAAGUGACAGUGAUGAUAUCAUAUUUCCUUCUCAAGUUCCUGCUGACCAGAAAUCUGUUAAAAGCAGUAAAGGCGCAGAAACAAAUUGUGAAUGUUUAGGAACGGUAAAAGGCUCCACGCGUACAUCUCUGCAAAAGCAUUUGACUUACGAGCACAGCAGCAGGAGUGUGUCACCUUACAGCAAAAUGACACCAUUGGAAAACAUCCGAAAGAUCACAUCAGUGAAAGAAGCAAGUGAUAUCAGUGAUGAGUCUGAUGAUGUUGAGAUGUCUGGAUCAGGAAAGCAGAAAUUCACCGGCAUUCUGAAAGAAAAACGGUUCUGUAACAGGGGGCUUGAUACCUCCUCCACAAGAACUGCGUUGCACAAGAGCAAUUUGAGUGUUGGGGAAAGCGAUGCCGAUUCUCACAUAGAUGAGUUCUCAUCACCAGAAGACGGUUUCCCAAUUAAUAUACGAAGAGAAAGGCUAAAUAGUGAGAGGUGUGGAAUUCAAAUUAAACCCAAAUCGCCAGUGUAUCCUAAGAGUCCCUCUUUGACUCUGAGAAAACGAAACCAUUCUGAUAAGCGCCAGACUUCUUUCAGCGAGCAAAUAUUUGAAAGCCAAGGAAAAAAUGUGGGAUCCCUAGACAGACUUCUUGGUAAUUACAAAUAUAUCAUACAGUGCAGAAUAACCAAUAGGGUUCUGUGAAUGAUGCUUUAAAGCAAAGGCACUUUGAGUUUUCGCUAAUUCCUCAGAUGAGUGUAUUUACAGCAGGACAGGGUUGGAAAGAAUUUCUAUACAAACCUGGAGGAUUAUUUUGUCAAAUAAUUGUAAGGACCUGUUUCUAAAGCAAAAACAAAUAUUGGUGAAGACAAAGCCUUAGCUGUCUCAUAAUCCUAUAUCAACAAUUAAAGCUUUCUUUGAAAUUGCCAUUAGCGCUUAGAAUAAGGGGAGCUUUUGAGACAGGUUUACUGCCAGUCUGCAUUACAGUCUAAACUAAGCUUUAUUUCAAGUUAAAACUUUCUUCUGUUUUAUUGGUCAUACUACCAUGUUUACUGGAGUCUAAUGCACCAUCGAAUCUAAUGUGCACCUCCAUUUUCAGAACCUUGAAACCAAAAAAAGGAUUUGCUGGAAAACGUAAAUGUGCCAUAAAUCUAAAGUGCACCUUAAUUUUCACGAAGUAAUUUGGCCAAAAAAAGGUGAGCAUUAGAUUUGAGUAAAUAUGGUAGAUUCACUGUUGCUCUUAUGCUACCUGUUUGGACUCUAAAUAGUGGAGUGUUUCCUUUAACCAAACACUGUUUGAAUUGUAUGUACUUAUAGACAAUACAGAACCAUUUGUGUCGUUAGCAUCUCAAGAUGAUCAAAAAUUGCUUCCAAAUUUUUGCUGCUUUCAACAGAGAUUUCAUGUUCUUAUUUAGGAGUGCAGUCCAAACCCUGGGGUACUGCCCAAUGAGGAUUAACAGAGUGAAAGAUCCACAGCUCAGAUGCAUCUGUCAGCAGGGCAGGCAAAGAGCAAUCAGGCCUGGAUUUGGGCUGAUGCCGUCACAUGACAGCAGUGGGGCUGACUUGGGAUCUAAUGGAUCUUGGACUGGCCCUGCCUAUAUCUCUUCCUGCCUCCAGAGUGCCCCAUUUUGGAACUUCCCACUGGCUGCUGUGGGCAUCAGCAGCGGCGGAGGAAGCUGCUUGGGCGCCUGGGGCGACGUGCCCAGGGGCAGGGCGAGGGCGGGGCAAGCCGUGGGGCCUCCGGAGCCUGCCUGCCUCCUCCCACUCAGCUGCCCUACAACUGGGGGAGAGGCAGCGGGCAGACCGUUUGGGCAGGAGAGACUUGUGGCUCAGAUGCGCUGCAGGCCCUGCAGUGAGUGACGUCCAGCCGAGACCAUAUAACACCGGUCUUGAAAGACCUACACUGGCUCCCAGUACGUUUCUGAGCACAAUUCAAAGUGUUGGUGCUGACCUUUAAAGUCCUAAAUGGCCUCGGUCCAGUAUACCUGAAGGAGCGUCUCCACCCCCAUCGUUCUGCCCGGAGACUGAGGUCCAGCUCCGAGGGCCUUCUAGUGGUUCCCUCACUGCGAGAAGCCAAGUUACAGGGUACCAGGCAGAGGGCCUUCUCGGUAGUGGCACUCGCCCUGUCGAAUGCCCUCCCACCAGAUGUCAAAGAGGAAAACAACUACCAGACUUUUAGAAAACAUCUGAAGGCAGCCCUGUUUAGGGAAGCUUUUAAUGUUAAAUAGGUUACUGUAUUUUAAUAUUUCUGUUGGAAGCCCCCCAGAGUGGCUGGGGAAACCCAACCAGAUGGGUGGAAUAUAAAUAAUAAAUUAUUAUUAUAUUAUUAUUUUAAUUAUUUUGUCACUGCCCUCAGUGGUGAUACCCGGGGCGGACCGCACCCACCGCACCCCCUUCCUCCACCCCUGGGCAUCAGCUCUUCUGCCUAUCGGCUUGUUGACCUGCCAGAACAGGGUGCUGGCAUCACUUUGUAAGUGGACACCAGCAGAGCUGGGUGGAGGGACAGCUUUUGCCCAAUUCAGCCCUCUGCCAAGCACAGCACAAAAGUGGGUUUGGGUUUCACCUUAAGAGAGGUUAAUCUUCCUUAAAAGGUUAAAAGUUCAAGGUUGUUGGUUUGAAAUGUGCGUUCUGCUAACCAGGCACAUUUGGGUGAAUUAAGAGUUGCUAGGAUCCUUAGAAGGGACGCAGGUGGUGAAGGGACGCGGGUGGCGCUGUGGGUUAAACCACAGAGCCUAGGACUUGCUGAUCAGAAGGUUGGCGGUUCGAAUCCCCACAACGGGGUGAGCUCCUGUUGCUCGGUCCCAGCUCCUGCCAACCUAGCAGUUCGAAAGCACGUCAGAGUACAAGUAGAUAAAUAGGUACCGCUCCAGCGGGAAGGUAAAGGGCGUUUCCGUGCGCUGCUCUGGUUUGCCAGAAGCGGCUUAGUCAUGCUGGCCACAUGACCCGGAAGCUGUACGCCGGCUCCCUCGGCCAAUAAAGCGAGAUGAGCGUCGCAACCCCAGAGUCGGCCACGACUGGACCUAAUGGUCAGGGGUCCCUUUGCCUUUACCUUUAGGAUCCUUAGAGGCUCAAGAACAAGCUCACGAAGCUUAAAAUUUGCUUAAAUGUAGAUGCAAACACAGACCAAAGUUCAGAAAGAGAACUGUUUUGUAUACAAAUAGUGUUGUGGGUUUUUUUUAAAAAAGGACUUUAAAAAAAGAGGGAAAGGGCAGGAGAUUCAGGGCUCAGUCUUCCCCUAACAAUGCCUUCUGGUGCAAAGUUUCCUUUGGUUUCAUUGAAUGCCUACCUGCCAAUCGUGUUGUAUCCUUAGAUGAAGGAACUCUUGUGUUUCUUUUUCAACUGAUAGGUGAUGUUGCAGAAGUGUCGUAUGUUCACUCAAAUCAAAACGUGGUUGGUUCAAGCAAGGCGGAAAAUCAGAUGAGUCGGUGGGCGGUGCAAGAUGUGUUUGAACUGCAGCAGUUUUCGCAGCUCCCUGCAAAUGUAGCAGUACGCCCUGCCAAGGUAAAGAGAAGGAUUUGUGGAAUGUUUUCUCUUUCUGUUGUUGUUGUUGGUUUUCAACCUCAGUAUUUCCCUUGCUUUUUAAACCUGCCUUUUUCAAUAUUAGCAACCGUGAGUGAUCAGAGGCCUAGUUCCUUGGACAAGGUGCCUCCAACAGAGUCCAAACAAAGCGCUUGCUGCUAUUUUUGUAUCAAGGGAGCUAGGAGUUCGGUGGAUAAUAUGUUACAAAAGAUAAAAUAUAUUUUCACUGGGAAAUAUUUAACGGACAUCCCAAGGAUGAUAUGUUGUGUACCUUUGUUUGCAGUACUUUUUUAAAAAAAAAAAAACUAAUAUUGUAAAGCACAUGCUCUGCUUUCCUUUGGACCACAUCAGCGAGGCCAGGGUCUUGUCAUCUGGGCAGCCAGGACCUCCAUGCACGCUGCCCAAGCUUGCGCCCUGAGAAGGCCACUGCUAACACAGCGGUUUGACUUCACCCCCAGAGGCACACGCCAUUGUCUCUUGAGGCAGAUGGAUGUCAACAACAAUAUUGUCAAAAAAGCAUACCAUUUCCCUAUUUUUGUUUGAUAAUACAUGCAGACCUAGAAGCCUGUCUCCUAUGCAUGUGUUGCUUAAUUUCAUUAAUGUACAGUCAUAACUCGGGUUGAAGUAGCUUCGGGAUAAGUAUUUUAAUGUUGCGCGUUGUGGCGACCCGGAAGUAACGGAGUGCGUUACUUCUGGGUUUCGCCGCUUGCGCAUGAGCAGACGGUCAAAAUGACGUCAUGCACAGAAGCAGCGAAUCACGGCGCAUGGACACGGGUUGCGUUCGCUUCUGGAUGCUAACGGGGCUCCAGAACGGAUCCCGUUCGCAUCCAGAGGUACCACUGUAUAUAUUUAAGCACACAUCCUCCUUUGUCUCUUGGCUUCUAUUUCCAGUUUAGGAUUUAUAGGCCACAACAUUACAGUGAUGGUAGAAACUGCACCGGACAAACAUCUUCCUUCUGCACUGCUUUUGCAGACACAGGAGAGCUCUCGGUGUCUGACAUGGCAGUCAUAUGCUACUUGACUCCCUAACCUGGAGCCUGAAGUCCUUUCUCUCAAACCCUCUUCCCCCCGCCCCCUAGAUUCUCUUCUCCUUUGGUUCCCUUUCUUCUGAGACAUCCCUGAGGUCAGCUUUCAAGUCAGAGAAGCUUUUAAUCCCAGCCAAACUGACAGCUACCAUCUUCCACAAAAACUGCAUUGUAAAACUUUUCUUGUUCCCAGAGCAGUUCACAUGUUGAUGCAAAUAUCAGGUUGUACCCAAUGGAGUUUUCCCAUUAGGUGCAAGGACUUCCACCUGCGCAACGGGACAUCCAUCCCUCCUCUCCUCUUGCACCCUGUUCAGAUCUGCUGGAGAAGGUUUGAAGAAACCCAGCUGCCCCGGUCAAGAAGGAGGAAUUCUGUUUGUGUAGGUGGAAGGUCUUGUGCUAGUGGCACAGCUUCGUUGGAUACAACCUAUUGUUACUCUCCCCGAAUUGCUUUCAGAGUCUUAACUGUCACAAGUGCCAUAUCAUACAGAUUAAAGAACCAAAGUAUCUGCCCCUUUAGCAGUAGCUUUUAUGAAGAAAUUAAGAAAGCGUUUCCUAGCAGAGAGAUAGAGUGAUGAGGAAAAUCUGACCUACUUAAUUUCUUUGUCAGCUACUGUCAAUGGCAUGGAAAGACAGCUAGAAAGAAGUUGGCAGUCGUACUUUUCCCAUUUACACAUUCUUUGUGUGCUUAAACUGUGUGUAGGGUUCCCUGUGGAAUGGUUUCUGCAUCUUCAAAAGCUUCAGGGAAGGCUAUGCCUGGAAAAUCUGUAGCUUUCCCAGAUUAGGGAUUCAGCAUUGGGGAAAGCUGCAUCUGUUUCAUUUUGCAGGGAUAGAGUUUUUGCUGACAGGACUGGCGUGUGGGACUGAUAGUGACACAUCCAAUGAGGCAAUUCAUCUAUUUCCUCCUCAUGUGCCAAUACUAAGAGCAGAUCCACACAAUGCAUUUUAAGCACAUCUAUCACUCAUGUGAAGCACACAGCUUUGCCCAGUGAAACAUUGUGCCUGUAGUUUAAGGAUGUUUGGAAUUGUAGUUCUGUGAGGUUGAAAUUACAGUUCCCAGCAUUCUUUGGGGGAAGUCGUAUGCUUUAAAGUGUUUGCUGAAAUGCUUUAGGUAUGUGCUGUGGAUCUGCUUUUUAAACAACUAUUUUGUACCUCUAUCCCGCCAGAGAUUUAUAUGUGCAGUGUGUGUGUGUGUGUGUGUGUGUGUGUGUGUGUAUAUAUAUAUAUAUAUAUGUGCGCAGUAUAAGAUUUUUAAGAUUUAUAUGUGCUGUAUAAGAUUAAUUAUACUGUAUGAUAUUUAUUUAUUUGACUUGUUAGCUGUUCACUACAAAAUAGUCUCCAAAUGAUUUAUAAGCCAGUAAUAUGCUUUCAUUGCUGUUAGUAAUGUAUGUUAGUUAGUAGUUUUUCUAAAUUAUAAAAAAUAUUAAUGCUCAAAGUAGUAUAAGUAUACAGAUAUAUCAGCUCUAUAGUCACACACAGAUCCCUGAAGACUCCUGCAGGUUUGCAAAAGCUCACGGAAGAGAAGAAAUGAGAAUCUUUUUUUGAAGAUUUGCUGCCCCUGCAAUCUCUGACCCUGAUUCCAGUUUUUCCUUUGUGACCCAGCUGCUAUCUGAGCACACAAUCCUCACUGGGACCAUCGGAUCUUGCUCCCCUAUCUUGCUAUCUCUGUUCAUGAUCCUGCCCACUUAGUUCACCAGCGCAUAAAAACACCAGUGCAAGAAAACCUUAAAACCUACGGUGCAUCAUUUCUCAAACAGUGCCUUUGCAAGCCACUUACAUUGCGAGGCUGCAAUAUAUGUUAACCUUACUUGUCCCAGAAAGUGUUAAAUGCAGGGAUAGAAGCAGGAGACAACAACGUAAUGGUUGUUAAGAAUCAUACCUUGCCAGGACAUGGCUUGGCACCACAUGCACCACCCCGUCUGUGGAGAUGGAGUUGCCAGAUUCUUGAUGUGCAUUAGAUACUUACUUGGACAGAAGUCUGAACAGGAAAUGGAACCUCAGGGCUGUUGGUGGUGGUGGGGAAAUGCCUAGUGAUUUCAUUUACUGCCUUUACCACAUACUUUGACAAAGCCAUUAAUCUUUCUGCAGUCUUUGACUGCUAUGUCCUCAGUGUAUGGCUAAUUUUCAUGUGCGCCGUUUAAUUGCUGAUGAUUCAUAUAAUUUUUUUUUAAAAAACUACACUUUCUCUCUGCUUUCCUCUUCUUUCCUCUAGCUCAGCCCCUGUAAUAAACUCAAAGAACGUUUCAUGAACUAGGAAAUCACGGCUGUUCUGGUCUCUUAUCUUUUUCUGCUGGCUAUUCACUUAUUCUUAAUGGACACAGUCUAAGAGGAAGUUAGUCUUCUUUCGGUUCCACUGAAUGAAGUGGGUGGGCAGCUUAAGCCGUCUGCUUAUAUAUACAAUCUGCUUUUACAUACAAUUCAUGUUUUUUAAAAAAUAAAUCUUGGCUCGUGUUAUAAGCCCACCGCCUGGCUUCCUCCCAGCGCGGAGCCCGCUGCCCGUACCCGGCGUAUAAGACGACCCCCGACUUUUUAACCUCUUUUCUGGGGUUAAAAAGUCAUCUUAUACGCCAGAAUCUACGGUAUAUGCGAUUUCACGUGUGGUGCCUCGGAACGUAACUCCUGCGUAAAUGGGGAGUUGCCUGUACAGUACUAAAAGCAACAUAGUGUCUUGUUUGCUGCAAACUAUGUUGCAUAGCCUAAGGAUUAAUGGACCAGGUUAUGGGAGGGAUUUUUCUGAUGCAUAGUUUCCGGGGGGCGGGGGGUGUGUGUGAAGCAAUUUUGAUUUGUGUGACUCCUGAAAGUUUUGAAAUUUCAGAUUUAACACUACAUUAAUAAAAGGAUUUGUGGGUGUCCUUGCCUGUAUAAGCUGUUUUACGCAACGGGAAAUUGUUCUGAACCCUGGGCCCCGAAAACUGAACACAGCAAUCUCUGAACUGUGGUAGGUUUUGUGGUCUGGAGGACUGCCCAGUUGAAAAUAAACUAAAAUUUCAUCUGUAGCAGAUUCUCCUUUAGGUCAUGGGAAGAUGCUAUAAACUUCACUUAUCACCCGUCCCAGAGAGGGGAACUGUCCUUUUGCCACCGCUCCAGGCAGCCUUGCAGGGCCCCCACCCUUGUGGUGCAAUACCCCCGGGACACUCCGGAUGGUCCUGGCCGCCCCAUUGUGAGAAAGGUGCUGGGCAGAGGGGCUUUGCUUUACCCCCUCUGCCCCGUUCAGAUUGUGGGUGCCUCAGCCCCAUCCCAACCAAGCUGAAAACACCUCAGGCCAAUAGAGUUGGUGCCUCUGUGGUGGAUAUCAGAUCAAUUUCAGAUGAUCUUGCUUCAGUUUCUUUCAGCUCUGCUACUGCUCCUUCUGCAAAUACUAAUAUAGUGGUACCUUGGGUUAAGUACUUGAUUCGUUCCGGAGGUCCGUUCUUAACCUGAAACUGUUCUUAACCUGAAGCACCACUUUAGCUAAUGGGGCCUCCUGCUGCUGCUGUGACACUGGAGCACAAUUUCUGUUCUCAUCCUGAAGCAAAGUUCUUAACCUGAAGCACUAUUUCUUGGUUAGCGGAGUCUGUAACCUGAAGCGUAUGUAACCUGAAGCGUAUGUAACCUGAAGCGUAUGUAACCCGAGGUACUACUGUAUAUUGUUAUGUAUGUAUGUUUCGUCAUUGUUUGAGGAGGUAUAUCUAAUUUGAAAACAUUUCAAGGUAAUAAUAAUAAUAAUAAUGGCUGUUUCCAUUCAAAAUUGAAUACAUAGGAACAAAAUGGAAGAAUACCCUUAUGGGGUAGAGUUAAAUAAAACUGGAUAUAUCCUUUCUAACUGAAGUGUGCCAACUAAAAUGUCCACUAAAUAUUUCUUAAGCUUUUAUUUCUACUUUGCUUACAUUACAGCUAUGUUGGGGGGAAAGCCAUCGCAUUCUGACUGGUCUGAAUAUUGGGUGUUCCAGGUUUAUUUCCUUUAAUUUAUUUUGUUUUAAAGGUUGCCUGCAUCCUUUUUUGAAAAAUAAAAAACCCCAACAACAUAAAAGUAACUUGAGCCUUCUGGAGUCAGGGAAAACAUCCUCUUCUACUGUUUCCAAUCUAUUUUGAAUUGGAUGUCUGGGUUCCCUAUUUGAUUCCUUAAUUAAUUUAUGUGUUAAUUGGCAAAAACAGCUUCUGUGAAACAGCCUAAAUAAGAAUUCGAAAUUACUGGUUUCUGGAAAGGCCCUUGUUUGGCUCCUUUGAACACUAUGUGUAAGAGAUCUUCUUUAAGCAAUACCCACCCAUCCCUAUCCUUGGUAGCAAAAAGGAGGAAAAAUAAUUAUAUGAAAAGAAACAGGAUACAUUUCAAAGGUUUGAAGAAAUAAUAUUCCACAUUAGAAUUAAUUUGCUUUUUAAAAUACUUUACCUUGGUUUUAUGUGGAGGCUCCACCCCCCCCCCAAUCAAUUGCUUGUUUUCAACUUAAGUUUACUUAAAGUUUUACUGAAAAGGAAUAUACAAAGACAGCCAUUGAAUGGAGGAUUAAUCACUAUGGCAACUGAAAUGUGGUGACUGAAAAGGGGGAGGAUGUAUUCUCCCCUCAGCUUCCUGCCAGCUGUCAUACCCAACCUUUGCGGAGUGAAUCCAGUCCAAAAUACAGACUAUGACCAGCCCUAAGAAACUAUAUCUGUAUUUUUAUAAAUUUGUACAAGUAUCGCACUAUAAAAGAAGACUUAAUCCCCUGAAUUGGAUGACAGACACUUGGCACUCUUGACAGUGUUUUGACAGAGAAAUAACAGGAUGCUUUGUAGUAAAACCUGGAUUAAUGGUAAAACCCUCUUUAUGUUAUUGCAGUGUGGUGUAAAUGAGGGAACUAAGCAUUCUGUCAGCCCGGGGUUCAACGACAUGCCCUUUCUAUGCCCAGUGCAGGUUUAAGGGCUCUGUGGAGUACUGUAAAUACAAAAGUAGCGUUAUUAAGAACCCUUUGUGCCACUUGUAUUUUGUAUUACAUACAAAGGUAUUUUUCAUAGGUCAUGUAAACAAAAGGAUUUCUGUCAGCUGCAGUAGAUUUGAACGUAGAGCAUCUGUGCAGAUCUUAGUUUCGGCCAAGAAAGCUGAAAGAGGAUGCACAGCCCAUAGGUUUUCCAAUGGUCUUUUUGGCCCAUGACAGUGAGUCAAACAAGAAACAAAAAUAAAACACAGCACAAAAUCCCCACAAUUGAACAUCCCAGUUUCACUGCACAACAAAUAGCUAACCUAUUUUAGACGUCUUUUAAGUGAUACUGUGGGAGUUUUUUUAAUGGUUGGUAUGGUGAAGCCACUCAUGUUUGCUAGAGGGACUGUUGUGCUGAUGUUUAAUCUGAUGAUGCGUGCUUUGGCUUUUAAUGUCGAACUAUUUCUAAAAGGAUUAGAAUUUGGAGAUGAAGCCUUUUCUGAACUUCAGUGAUGGUCAGGACCAUGGUGCAAACAAGUGUUGCAUUAAUAAGUGCAACUCUAUUCUUGAGUCUGAGAUGAGCAACCAAACAGAUUAUCAUGUCUCUGAUAAUCUAGCUCAAUGCAAGGUGGUUACUGGGAAGCAGAAGCUGGUACCAGGAUUCAGCAAACUUUUUCAAUAGGGGGCUGGUCCACUGUCCCUCAGACCUUGUGGGGGGCUGGACUAUACAGUGGUACCUCGGGUUAAGAACUUUGGAGGUCGGUUCUUAACCUGAAACAGUUCUUAACCUGAGGUACCACUUUAGCCAAUGGGGCCCCCCGCUGCCGCUGCGCCGCUGCUGUGCGAUUUCUGUUCUCAUCCUGAAGCAAAGUUCUUAACCUGAGGUACUAUUUCUGGGUUAGCGGAGUCUGUAACCUGAAGCGUCUGUAACCUGAAGCGUUUGUAACCUGAGAUACCACUGUAUUUUGGAAAAUAAUAAUGAGCGAAUUCCUAUGCCCCACAAAUAACCCAGAGAUGCAUUCUAAAUAAACGCACACAUUCUACUCAUGUAAAAACACGCUGAUUCCUGGACCGUCCGCAGGCUGGAUUUAGAAGGUGAUUGGGCCGGAUCCGGCCCCCGGGCCUUAGUUUGCCUACCCAUAGAGGAAGAUUUGCCCUUGAUUGACCUGUUGCCUUAUUACAAGUGCACCCCUGAAUCUGUACUAUGCAGAGGCUCAGAAUUUCAUUUAGAAGAAAAGAGUUUGGAUUUGAUAUCCUGCUUUAUCACUACCCUAAGGAGUCUCAGACAUGAGUAGCGCUGUGGGUUACACCACAGAGCCUAGGACUUGCCGAUCAGAAGGUCGGCGGUUCGAAUCCCCACGACAGGGUGAGCUCCCAUUGCUUGGUCCCUGCUCCUGCCAACCUAGCAGUUUGAAAGCACGUCAAAGUCCAAGAAGAUAAAUAGGUACCACUCCGGCGGGAAGGUAAACGGCGUUUCCGUGCGCUGCUCUGGUUUCACCGGAAUCGGCUUAGUCAUGGUGGUCACAUGACCCGGAAGCUGUACGCCAGCUCCCUCGGCCAAUAAAGCGAGAUGAGCGCCGCAACCCCAGAGUCUGCCACGACUGGACCUAAUGGUCAGGGGUCCCUUUACUUUUAAGGAAUCUCAAAGCGGCUAACAUUCUCCUUUCCCUUCCUGCCCCACAACAAACACUCUGUGAGGUGAGUGAGGCUGAGAGACUUCAGAGAAGUGUGACUAGCCCAAGGUCACCUAGCAGCUGCAUGUGGAGGAGCGGGGAAUCAAACCUGGUUCACCAGAUUACGAGUCCACCGCUCUGAACCACUACACCACACUGGCUCUCUGUCCAUAGUUGAGUAUAGUUUGAGUUGAUAUGAGAGUUUGGUGCUUGUAGAGUUGGAAAGGACCCCAAGGUUCAACUAGUCCAACCCUCUACUAUGCAAAAAUCUCAACUAAAGCAUCCAUGACAGAAGGCCAUCCAACCUCUGCUUAAAAACCUACAAGGAAGGAGUCUCCACAACCUGUCAAGGGAGUCCGUUCCACUGUUGAACAGCUCUUACUGCCAGAAAGUUCUUCCUGAUGUUUAGUCAUAAACUUGUAGAGUUGGAAGGGACCACAAAGGUAAUCUAGUCCAAUCCCCUGGAUUCUGGGAAUCUUUCACCCAAUGUGGGGCUCAAACAUACAACCCUGAAAUUAGGAGUUUCAUGCUCUACCACCUGAGCUAUCAAAAUCUUCUUUCUUGUAAUUUGAAUCCAUUGGUUCUGGCCCUAGCCUCCCGAGCAGGAGAAAACAAGCUUGCUUCAUCUUUUAGAUAUUUUAAGAUGGCUAUCAUAUCUCCUUUCUUUUUUUUUAAAAAAAUAUAUUUUUAUUAAACAAUUUCAACAAAACAAAUUAUCAAUCCAAAUAGUCAAUUACAUUAUUACCCCCCUUCCCCGCAUCCCUCCCUCUCCCUCCCUCCCGAGACUUCCCUCAGCUCCCUUCUCUGAUUUGUUUGCACUUGUUAUUCUCUGCAUGUUAAAAGUUGUACAUAUCAUUACCUUAUCUUCCAUAUAUUCUAUUAAUAUCAUAUCUCAUUUCAGUCUCCUCUUUUCCAAGCUAAACAUACCCAGCUCCUUCAACCAUUCCUCAUAAGGCUUGGUUUCCAGACACUCGAUCAUCUUGGUUGCCCUCCUCUGCACACAUUCCAGCUUGAAAUUUUGGCAAUUCUCAAUACAGUGGUACCUCUGGUUACGAACUUAAUUCGUUCCAGAGGUCCAUUCUUAACCUGAAACCGUUCUUAACUUGAGGUACCACUUUUGCUAAUGGGGCCUCUCGCUGCUGCCAUGCCGCCAUCGUGCGAUUUCUGUUCUCAUCCUGAGGUAAAGUUCUUAACCUGAGGUACUACUUCUGGGUUUGUAAGCCGAGGUACCACUGUACUUGAUUGUCACUUGUGAAAACGUUCUGGAUGUUAGUUUGGAUGGAUGUGUUGCAUUUUAAAAGUUUAAAAACUUCUUUUCUUUUCUUUUCUUUUCUGGACCCAGAAAUCCUGCAUCAACAGACAUUGCUGGUGGGUCUGUUUAGUCAGGUGGAUUUUAUCUAGAAGGCUGAGUAAAGCUACUUCAAGGGCAAUUCAUGAUACUGUCUUUACAGCAACUUUUUUUUGUUACCCUCCAGGCAGAAAUUUUCUAACAGUUGAUUUUGUGAAAAGUUUCUUGAGGCAGGGGGAAGAACACAAAACUGUUUUAGACACAUUUAGAAUUGUUUUUGUCCUUUUCCAACUAUGGGUGCCAUCUGGGUAUUUAUUUACAGUGAACAGUAUUAGUUUUACCAGUAAUUUUGUUCCAUUACAAACACAAAAUUUGGCUAUUUUCCAAACAGACUUAAAAAAAACCACCUUUUACAUUUAAACAUACGUGUUGGUCAAAGCAUUUGCUACUGUUUAAUGAAUGAGAUGAAUAAAUGAACAUUCUGAUGUUUUAAAAAUCUUUGAAAGGUGAUAUGCUGGUUUGUUUUCCAUUAAUACCAUUAUUAAAUGUUAAUACCCCUGUGAUUUCUGCAGUGGCUGAUAUAAAACUAUGUGGAUUGGGAACUGGAGUCCCCAGGUCAAAAUCCAGCCCUAGAUUGCUAACCUAGGGGGAAGCAAGUAUGUGAGGGAAGUGGUAACUAUGGUGAAGAGAUUUUUUGGAAGCCCAACUUGCGGGAUAGAUGGAGUUCAGCCAACUCCCUGUUUAGGGAAGUUUUUAAUGUUUGAUGUUUUAUCACAUUUUUAAUAUUCUGUUGGGAGCCGCCCAGAGUGGCUGGGGAAACCCAGCCAGAUGGGCGGGGUAUAAAUAAUACGGUGGUACCUCUGGAUAUACACACCUCUGGUUGCUUAUCCUUCAGGAUGCGAACACGGCAAACCUGGAAGUAUUUUUCCGGGUUUUGCCACACGUGCAUGCACAGAAGUGCUCUACCGUGCCACGUGCAUGCGCAGAAGUGCUCUUCCACCACGCAUGCAUGUGCAGAAGUGGUCCCUCCGGUUGCAGAAACCUCGGGAUCUGACCGGAGCUCUGGAACGGAUCCCAUCCACAACCGGAGGUACCACUGUACCACUGUAAUAAUAAUAAUAAUAAUAAUAAUAAUAAUAAUAAUAAUAAUAAUAAACAACUCCUCCCACUCCCUCCUCUAAAUGUCCCUCCCAUAAAGCUAGUUGUAUUGGUUUGGCUCUGAAAAUCUCUAGUGAAAAAGGAAGACCCCUAACCAAGGUAGACGUAAAAAGUUCUGAACUGUAUUGCAUAUAUCUUCUGAUUACGCCUUGCUGGGUCACCUUGCUGUUGGUGCCAUUAUUCCUUUGAAGAGUUACAUUGGUGAGGCAAGCAUUACCAUGACCCUUCAUCUCUCUAGGUUUCCAGACAGUUGCAGGAACAUGAUAAUGCUUAGCUCACCGCAGCCAGAGGCUAUAGACAGCAGCCCAUCUGUGAGGCUACAGCUGCCAUACCAUAAGCACCAUCCUUUGCUAAAUGUCUGCAUCCCCUAUGAAUUGACACUGUAGGGGCUGCACCCUUCUAUGGGUUAACAGGGAUACCAGGGCAGGUGGCUGGGUGAAAGAAGAACCAGGGAAUCAAAGACCAAAGUUUCUGUGGCACAGCAGACAAUUUAGCUAAGUGAAAUUUGGGUUAUGUGUUUGUUGAUCAAGGAGACUGUGGGUUGCUGCCUAUAGCGUGGACCUUCUGGAUCGACUGCACUGAAAAGGGAGAAGUUGAAACUGUUGGUGAUGUUGGUACACAGCUUAAUAAAUAAAUAUUUUGAAAUGUGUGAUAUGCAGGGAUAUCUUUGAAGGCUGCUCAGAAACUGCAAGUGCUAUUCAGUGAGGUAUGUUAUAUUACUGUUGGAAUAGGUAAGCACCAGCGACAAAUAGAAGGGGAAGAAAUGGAGGCAGUGAGAGAUUUCACUUUCUUGGGCUCCAUGAUCACUGCAGAUGGUGACAGCAGUCAUGAAAUUAAAAGACGCCUGCUUCUUGGGAGAAAAGCAAUGACAAACCUAGACAGCAUCUUAAAAAGCAGAGACAUCACCUUGCUGACAAAGGUCCGUAUAGUUAAAGCCAUGGUUUUCCCAGUAGUGAUGUAUGGGAGUGAGAGCUGGACCGUAAAGAAGGCUGAUCGACGAAGAAUUGAUGCUUUUGAAUUAUGGUGCUGGAGGAGACUCUUGAGAGUCCCAUGGACUGCAAGAAGAUCAAACCUAUCCAUUCUUAAGGAAAUCAGCCCUGAGAGCUCACUGGAAGGACAGACCCUGAAGCUGAGGCUCCAAUACUUUGGCCACCUCAUGAGAAGAGAAGACUCCCUGGAAAAGACCCUGAUGUUGGGAAAGAUGGAGGGCACAAGCAGAAGGGGACGACAGAGGACGAGAUGGUUGGACAGUGUUUUUGAAGCUACCAGCAUGAGUUUGACCAAACUGUGGGAGGCAGUGGAAGACAGGAGUGCCUGGCGUGCUCUGGUCCAUACAGUCACGAAGAGUUGGACACGACUAAAUGACUAAACAACAACAAGCACCAGGGAAAGCCUCUGCAGUCUCUGGGCUACUCCUGUCAGACUGGCUUUCAGUGCUUACCAUUCUGUUUUAUGAUGUUGCUUAGUUUGCAGCGUUCAGACUUCUUACAGUUAAUUUUAUUGUAUUUUAAAUUUUACAUACUUAUUUUUAUUUUAUUUUAGAUGACUGUUGUUGUUGUUGUUGUCUUCAUUAUUUCCGUUUUCAUUGUGCAGGUUGCUUUGAGAAACCUGGGGGCAAAAACAGCAGGAAAUCGGUUCUUCUUCAUUUGAAACACCCCCUAAAAUGAUGUUACUCUGCAAUCUGAAUUAUAUUUUACCAGCCAAUAUUUAUUACCAUUGUUUUAAUUAUUCUUACUGUAAUUGUGCAUAGUGUAUUUUUAUGAAUGUACAACUUAUUAACAUUUAAAUAAAUAUGCUACUAAAUAAUAAUAAUAAUAAUAAUAAUAAUAAUAAUUUGUUUUUGUGCGCUGUUUGAAUGCAGCCUGUUGUGGAAAAGUGGUGCAUAAAUGAGACCAUAAUAAUGAAGUGUACACGACCAGUUUCUCAAUGACUAGCUCUCCCUCUCCCUCUCCCAUUUUAGAAGGCACCCUUUUUUGGUGUCAGCAACCUAACUGUAUACUGAAUACAGAGACAGUUGAAAGUGAUGGUUUUUCACAAAGCAUUUUUUGACAUGUUAGGGCUCCAGGGACAAGUUAUCACUUAUUAAAACAUAGCAGUCCGAUUUCCUAAUAGAAAUAUCAAACAGCUGUUGAGGGACCUUGACCUUAACAACUCAAAAAGGCCACAUCUGUCCCCUGUAAAAAAACAAACAAACCCAAAACCAAGCCUCAGCUAGGAGCAUAGGAGAAAAGUUAGGUGAAAAACGACUAACAUGUUAUAUUUCACAUUUGGUUUAGAAAAGCAGGCAGAGUCCGUGGGAAGCUUUCUCAAGGAAGAAGAACACCAAAAAGGAUAAUUCAGUAAAUGAAACCAGCAAACCUUCAGUACUUUACAUUAGACAUCCUGUCUGUCAAAAGAAGAAGGAGGUUCACCGAGUUGGCUCCAUUGCCUUCCUGGUUGGAAAAACACCCCAAAGAAUCCGCAGGUAAGAAUACAAUUUGCAAAAAUGACCUCCAUUUCUGUUUUUUCAUAGUUUGCUUUAUAUAAACUUUAGCUUUCAGUGGGGAUUAUUAAUAAUGUUAUGUUUAAAAGCAGUAUUGUUUUGAAGCCUUUGUGAUUUUAAGUGUAACUUUUUGGGAAUAAACAACAGAAAAUAUUGUGGAAAGACAGCAAAAUGAGCAGUUCUGAUGGUGCAUUGCAAAUACCUUCAGUCAGGUUUGCUCAGCUUUCCUGAGAAGUUAGAGCAUGUCGGUUCUUCUAGUUUUCUAUUAGAGUGAUCAUGUCUAAAACAUAAUAUUGAUGUAUCCUGAAAUUUUUCCACAGUAGUUUAGUGUUGCUGGAAUUGUGUCCUCCUUUUAAUGGUUGGAAUUGCAAUUUUUAGAAGAACUUUUAUUGUCUAGCCAAUAAUUGGGGGGAGGAGAUGAGGAAAAGUCCCACAGGACUUCCACUGCUGGGACUCAUUAGGUGAAACUCACCUCAUGUUUUUGCAAACCAUGUUAUAUCAGCUUUUUUAAACUAAGGCUUUGUAAACCAUGGCUUGGCAAUAAUUCUGAAUUCUCUUUUUUCUGGACACCUGGAAAUUAGUGUUACUGAUUCAUGUUGUAAGAUAUCCAUCCAUUUUUUUGUUUAUUUUUUUUACAUUAUUGGGAUAAUUAGUUAUGCUUUGUUUCACUGAUGGCUGUAGGAAACAGUUUGAAGAAAUGGCAUCUCAUUUUCAGAAGGCCUCAGUGGAAGAACUUGCCAAGCAUAUUAUCAAAACUACAUCAGAAGAAAGGCAGAAAAUGCUGAAAGAAUUUUACAGUGCUAAAUAUCCAGAGUUAAAGGACCUAUUAAAAGUUGAUGUUCCAGUAUCUGUUUCAGAAGGAAGUGAGGAAGGAGAUGUGCACAGAACCCCGUUUAGAAAAAGAAAGGCAAUUUCUAAACGUGGAAAAUCAAAGUCUGAGUCUUCAACAGAUCUCUGCGGCCAAGAAAGACAUGACGCAGAAGCAAAGCAGUUUCAAUUUCAUCCCUUCAUACAGGCUGCUGUGUGCCAUAAUGUGGAAGAUACACAAUUGCCCACUGUCAUUACCCAAGAUAGCGUUAGUAGGAGAAACAGCCAGGCAUUCAAGGACUUUAUGGCAUCUGACUCAUUAAGCAGUAAAUCAGGAAUAAUUGAAGGGCUGUCUGCAAAAGGACAGCCAAACUUGAAGGGGAUGGAGUCACCAAGAGAACCCUUUCUGUCUCCACCAGAAAGCAGACAUGCUCAAAUGUGCAAGAAAAGCUCUUUCGCAGACAUGCUAGGAGACAUCUCUAUUUUAAACGACCUCUUCAAGAGCCAUGAAAAUAGACCAACAGAGGCACCUAGGAAGACUCUCUCAGGUCCUGCAGAAAAAGCACGAACUCGGCCAAAAGACUUCUGGGACAUGCUGAAUGAACCGAAUGAUGAGAGCCUCGAAAAACUCACAGACGUGGCAGCCAUAGAGAAACUGUGCGAAAGAGCUUCUACAGUCACUUCAUCCCAGAAGAAAGAGGAUGACGAGAAGUCUCUUUGGAAGAAAAAUGACAAUUUUUUAUGGAAAAGAUAUGCAACUGACACAGAUGACAAAUCUUUGUCUGGCACGUGAUGUCUAAUUUCGAAGAAAACAAGAGGAAAACAUCCACAGGUGUUAACAAAAAAGAUCAUUCCUACCCCCCCCUCCCCCGGAACUGGCCCAAUGAAUUUGCAAGCUUCUUAAGUGCUCUUCCCGCCAGUUUCCUUCCCCCUCCUUUCACAACUCCUUCAAAAGAAAGGUUGUUUCUUUUCUCUCUCGAAAGAAGGAAACCUCUGUGUUUUGAAGGAAUUGUGAAUGGAAAAUAUCCUGAAGAAAUACAAAACACAUUGCAUUAAUAUUGAGAAUAAGAGCGUGUUGCUCUUACAGCACCUGUGGAGAUUUUCCUCCUGUUUGGCUGUUGACUUGUGAGUGCUCUUGCUUCUGGCUCCUAAUUCAGUUUUAAACAGUUAAACUUGGGAAAAAAUGUUCCAAAGCCGUAAGCCUUCCCCAUAAGACAGCGCAGCACCCAUAUCAGAGUCCCGUUAGAGUCCCAUUUCUCCUGCUUGUCUGCACACAUGAAAACUCUGCCCGCCUUCCAUAUUCCCAUCUAGAUCAUCCCUUCCAUUUAGUCAAGUUACUUGUGUCCAUGUAAACACACACACACACACACACACACAACGAUCCCUCUGUGCACAGGACUUGCAACAUCAUGGGUUGAACGGCCACAUCCUUCUUAUGUUUCAUUGUAAUUUGUUGGCCUCUGUACACUCCAACAUUUCUGUCACGUUUUCUGUCAGCAAAGCAGUGGCAAAAGUGUGGGAUUUAACUAGAUACCUGAUUGGUACUCCUCUGAGCUACUAGAUUAACACUAGGACACUUUCAGACAUCUAAAAAACAACAACAAGCGAAGUUAAUCGCUGCAAACACUUUGGGAUUAAUCAGGAUUGCUCUGUCCCAAACGUUGUGACAUCUUGAAAAGUGCUUGUUUGAUGAUGAACUAGUUUGGCAGCUGCUGAGCUGAUAGCGUAAGAGGCUCCUGCGAAUCUAUCAAGUAGUAUGUAUCAUCAGACAUCACAAAGUUAGCCUGGAGGGGGUAUUGAGCAAGAAGAGGUAGCUGUACUCUGCUACUUUGUGAUAUCUGAAACGAUUCUGAAAGAUAGGGCAGUUCCAGUGGGAUCGUUUAUACAGUAAGGUGUGUAACUUUAGCAAUACAAGCCUUGCAGGCAUGUCUCAUUUCACACCUGCUGGAAACUAAAACUUGAAGGUAUCAGUGUAUGAAAAAAGCAGUAUGGUAACCAGAAACCUGUCAGAUUUUAUUGGGGGAUACAAACUUUUAAUGCUAGUGUUUUAAACUAAGGACUUAAAAAAACACAUCCUUACUGUACAUAUUUUAUCAUCCUAAUUUUAAAAUAAAUGCACAUUUUAUAAAGGUGAUUUGUGAUCCGACCUGCCACUACUUGCCACAAUGGGAUGUGUUUCCACCCAUGUGAUGUCUGGGUGGUUGAUAGUGUUUGAUUUGUUUCCAAUCAGGUUAAAUCACAAAUCUCUAUUAUUAAUCAGCUUCUUGGUCAUCAUAACAGGAGAGUUUAAACAGUUCUGGUACAUCCGUUAACUGCAUUUGGCAUUGCUGGGCACUGGUUGCCAGAUACUGUAAUGCAGUGAUGGCCAAACGUGUCCCUCCAGCUGCUUUGGGACUACAACUCCCAUCAUCCCUAGCUAACAGGACCAGUGGUCAGGGAUGAUGGGAACUGUAGUCCCAAAACAGCUGGAGGGCCAAGUUUGGCCAUCACUGCUAUAAUGUGUCUUGUGAAACAUAUGCACAAGCCUCAUUUAAUUGAAUAAAUGAAUAGCAGCCUUUUCUUGCUGUUUCAUUUCACCGUGCCACUUUCUUGAAUUACCGUAUUUUUCGCUCUAUAAGACGCACCAGACCACAAGACGCACCUAGUUUUUGGAGGAGGAAAACAAGAAAAAAAAUAUUCUGAAUCUCAGAAGCCAGAACAGCAAGAGGGAUUGCUACGCAGUGAAAGCGGCAAUCCCUCUUGCUGUUCUGGCUUCUGGGAUAGCUGUGCAGCCUGCAUUCGCUCCAUAAGAUGCACACACAUUUCCUCUUACUUUUUAGGAGGGAAAAAGUGAGUCUUAUAGAGCAAAAAAUACGGUAAUUACAAUUGGCUAAGUGCAUAAGUAAUUGGCUAAGUGUGCAUCACUAAAUUGGUAAGAGAAUUGCCAAGUGGUUUUGCCAGAAAAAUGAUGAAAUUUCAGCUUGGAUGAAUUUAUUGCAAGCAUUUUGUCUGAAAAUAAAAUCCUUUUACAUACGAUACCUC